UGCCAGCACAGCAGUUUGUAGGAUCUGAUUGUAGGACAAACAUAUUUUGUUACCAGAAGUACACACAACUUUACACACUUAUUAUCUAGCGAGCAAGCAGGCAGAAUGCUGGUGUUGGUUAUCUAAUGCAGGAUGAUAACAGACUGAAGUUCCUGUUAGCUCCCAGGGAAGAAGUACAGGUAAGCAGAUAAGUGGUGCACAGAAUUUUAUUCAUUUUUAAGUUUAUAUUGAUACCUUGUCUAGCAGAAAGGAGAAAAGGAAAAAAAUAAGUACAAAAGGUUGUGUCGGAGCAGUACAGUACAUAAUUUUUAAACUGAGUGGUAUCUAGAAGCAACAUACUGCAAUCUGGAACCUCUAAUUUCAGCUUUGUAUACCUAUGUGUUACCUAAUUGUGAGUCAAAGGACACUUUUAUUUAUACAUUUUUCAGAGAUGUAGAAUGAUACUGAAAAGAUUCCAGGUUGGAGCCUCGAUAAUCUUGGCUCGGGGUAAUAUCAUGAAUAUGCAUAUUUUGCAUAGAAUAGAGACUCAGAUUGCUAAGAUGGAUCAUCUGCUGACACUAAUAGCACUGUCCAUUACUGUGCAACCUAGCUCAAAAGAAACAAGUCCAAUAAAUCAUGGAAAUCGUUAAAAUAUGGUAAAGAUUGUGAGGACCAGGGAAUUUUCAGUGCUUAGCUAUCAGGGUUGCUAAACAUGAGACAAAACAUAGGUUUUUACAGCAUAGAUUUAGCAAAAUACCACAGGCAGACUGUUGAUGGGAACAGACUGCUGCCGACACAUAUUUCCAAUGCUUAAAAGUUUGCACAGGCUGCCCGUACGCUACUGGACCAGAUUCAUGUUUUUUGUAUUUAAAAGGUCGUUAGCAGUUUGGGUCUAGGAUAAUUUAAAGGAUGCUUAAUCUCUUAUAUUCCAGCCUCAUCAUUCAAGUCUUUGGGGAAGUUAGUGGUUCCCCCGUGGCUUUGGUGCACAGCUCAUAUCCACCGGGAGCCAUGAGUUUAGUACUGUGGGCCAGUUUUAUGGAACUUCCAUCCAUUUGAGAUCAGACCAUCUCCCACCUGAAUGUAUGGCACCUAUGGAAGACUUUUUAUUCCAGCAGGCAUUUAAAUUCAAGUUUGAUUUCAUAGUUUUAACUGACUUCUACUAUUUUUGUAUUGUGUCCUUGUGAACUGCUUAGAGAAGACCAUGGUUAAGUGGUAUACAAUUUUUGAAAUAAUAACUAGCUAAAUAAAUAAAUAAUAACAGUUGCUAGUACUUCCUGUUGUGUUAACGGACAAAUAUUUAUUUUUAGCUACAACAUGCAAGGAUAACUAAUGGUGUAUUUGGUCAAUAGCCUUGUUCUGGUUCCAUAAAAACAUUCCCACAAGGAAGAAUAUAGCUCCUGGAAGCAGCUAGAUAUAACAACCAGCACUUAGACCCUUCCCUACACAAAAAAGACAGACAGAUAUAGAUAUACAUAUAUUCAGAGUCCCGUGUUCUAUAUCUGUUUUUCCAGCACUAUGCUAAUUUAAUUGGCCAUUGGGGUUGUACAUGCAACUUUGUGUAAGAUAUUAUGAAUCUGGACUUUUUAGGACAUGGAGGCAAAUCUCCUGAGGUUCAGGGGUUUUGAAUGAAUUGCCACUGACCUGGCAUACUGCAGUGCAAUUCCUGUGCCUCCUUCCUUUCAAUAUCACCUGCCCUGCCAGGUGCUAUCGGGGAUGUACUUCAUCUGGGAUUAAAUUUGCUGGUCUUAUUUCUACUGUACCAUACCAUAAAAUAACAAGGGGGGCACUGAAUUUAAUUGAACACUGGUUCUGGCAGAGAGGGCUUUAACUCUCUAUUGGUAGAGUUGCAGUUUGCCCCCUGGAGAAGAAACGCAGGCACCUGUGUUUCCCACCAUAGAGCUAACAGCAGAUGCAGGGGGUACUUUAGAUCACGAACUUUGAGACCAGAAACAGAACACUCCCUCUCUGGCCUCAACUAGAAUACCCUGUAGCUGUUUUAAAGUAAAUCAGAGCUACCAUAUAACUUGCAGUUCAGCUCUCUGUGCUCAUCUCUACCACCAUAAUUUUUAUAUUGCCAAAAUCAUGCCUGUGUCAUCUUGUGAAUUGCAAAUAAAAGUUUCCAUGGUGGUGGCUAUGGUAACACUGACAAUUAUGACAACAGUGUUAAGAAAGCAAUGACCACCCAUACAAUGGGAGCAGGGACAACAGAUAGGUAGUAUAUUUUGCGAGCAGGAGAAGAAAAAGAUGAGUGAGUUGCUAACACAGAAUCCAUUGCUUCACUGAGAAAUUCUAGGUGCUCAUUGUUUUGAAAGAUAAAGCUGAGUAUAAAAUGUCAAAAGCAAGCCUUUGAAAUAUCUACACACCUCUCCAUCCAUCUGCUCAUACUAUAGAUAUCUCGGGGAUAACAGCAGAAAAUAGGUGCUCAGUCAAGAUUUAUUUCUAGGCUGCAGUGUUCUCGACAGAAUUCAAUUGCACUAUUCAAUCAUUAUUGGGCUAAGUUCUAGGAACAUUUGAAGCUGUAGGGGCUCUUCUGGUCAGCCAGUCCCAGAUGUGGCCCCAAGACAUGUGGAGGGGAAAAUAAUAUUGUGGAAAAUCCUUGCAUAUCAGCAGAAGAGACAGGCAGGCAGAGUGCGGAGGGGGAGAAGCUGAGUCAUUGAGGCAGGGGAGAGUAGCAAGAAAGACCAAUGGGGGAUAGAAGCUGUGAAACUAAGAUGAUGUAUAGACUAUACUUUUAAAGGACAUUCAAAACACAGUCUUCCCCAUAAAGAAUUCUGGACACUGUAGUUUACUCACAGAGUUACAAUUACCAGCAACCCUCAAUGAGCCACAAUGCACAACAUAAUUUGAGGGAAAGAAUAUGCUUUGAAUGUACAUUGUGUACACAGCCUUAGGCAAGAGUUACAAAAUGGAAAUGGCAAGAAUGGAGAAUAGAAGCAGGAAAGAAACUUUGAAGGAAGAAGACAUGGUCAUGUGUCUUAGAGGGCAGUAGCAAAAGGGGUAAAGAAAAUCAGAACCAGUGGGUUAUUAUAAGAAAGAUAACCAAUGGGUUAUUAUAAAUCUUGUGGCUAAAGGCAAAAUACUGUUGUUGUUGUUUUAGAAAAGCAAAUAUUAUCUAGAGAAAUGUCAGGUCUAAAUAAAGAAAAAACUGUCACUUUUGGAGUUUGAAAAUGCUGAGGGGCUGAUGAGAUUUUCCAGAGCAUUGAAUAUAAGAUGGAUUGUGCCCAUUUUGACAGUGGAUAAUUAAAUCGAGGGGGGGGGAAUGGCACACUUUUCUCCAGACAGCUUAUUUUCACAGAGAGCAGAAUGACAGGGUUACAAUGGAGAACUGGGUGCAAAAUUCUUGUUCAGGUGCUCAUUUGCUGGCAUACAGGAAGUUUUGUUUUGUUUUUGCACUCCCAGUUCCCAACUUCUAGGAGCAGUUAAUAAACUAGGAAUAGAUGCAAAUACAUUUCAUUGAGCUUCAAAGGCUGAGUGUGCUAACAGCCUAAAUAAAGAAGGGCUGAAGAGAUACAGAAACUUAUUGCCACCGACUCUUUGCCUUUUGAGCAAGUUCAAAAGCACAAGAACAGAUGAAGAGAGCAGGAAAUCCAUGAGAGUUUGGAGGAGAGAGCAGGUGUCCCACUGGAGCACUGAGCUUCUGUUUUCUUGCUGAUUCACCAUGCCAUAUGAAAGGUGGGAGGCUUCAAGAAAUCCAGCUUUGGGAAAGCAACUUACACCACCCCCAUGCACUGCUGAAUAACUUAACAGUGCCUUCCUGGAUAUCUGCUUACAAAUGUAAUUGCUAGCUAUUCUCUUUCAUUUACCUGAAGGGAUGGGUUAUUAUUAAUGCCUUGCUGUGGAUUUGGUUUCUUCUUUGUGCAUAUGCAACAGAACUAGGAAGUACCCAGCAACCUGAUUGUUUCACACAGUGGCAUGGUGAAGUAGUCAGUACUUCCUGUAUUCCAUACAAGCAGACAUGAGAAACCUCAGGUCUAGGGUCUCUCUGGGAAUCUUCCCAGGCCACACACACCCUCACUGGCUCUGCUCCAUGCCCCCCACUGGCUGCAUUUGGCUGGAAUGUGCAAAGCAGGAUCACAUACUUUGCUCCACCCUGCCCAUUUUUGCCUCUGGUCUGAAAAAGGCUGCCCACAAGGGAAUGCAGUUUUCAGGCAGAUAAAGGGCCCCUACCCAUAAUAUGAAGGGACGUGGAUGAUCAGACUUGCCGAUCAGAAGGUUGCCGAUCAGAAGGUUGGCGGUUCGAAUCCCCGCAACGGGGUGAGCUCCCGUUGCUCAGUCCCUGCUCCUGCCAACCUAGCAGUUCAAAAGCACGUCAAAGUGCAAGUAUAUAAAUAGGUACCCCUUCGGUGGGAAGGUAAACGACGUUUCCAUGCACUGCUCUGGUUCGCCAGAAGCGGCUUAGUCAUGCUUGCCACAUGACCCGGAAGCUGUACGCCGGCUCCCUUGGGCAAUAAAGCGAGAUGAGCGCUGCAACCCCAGAGUCGGCCACAACUGGAUCUAAUGGUCAGGGGUCCCUUUACCUUUACCUUACCCAUAAUAUGAGCUGGGUAGGCAAUGAUUAUGUCAUCAUUUAUUGAAGAUGGUUUUCUUCAUCAAGUGCUAGAGCUUGUAAGAUCUAGCACUGCAGUCAUUAGUGCCCCAAAGAUCUUUACUUCCAUUGUUGGAGGCAGUAUGUCUCUGAAAGCCAGUUGUCAGGAAUCACAAGUGGGGAGAGUGUUGUUAGGUCCUGCUUUCAGGCCUCCCAUGGGUAUCUGGUUGUCUACUGUGAGAACAGGGCGCUGAACUAGAUGGUCCAUUGGGCUGACCCAGCAGAGCCCUUCUCAGUGAUACAUUUUUGCCUUCUUUGAAUGUAAGCCAACUUAAACAGUAGCUGAAUCAAAGCAUCCUAGGGCACAUUAAAUGAUAAUAGAUUUAUUACACAUUACGAUUUUGGGGACUGAAAGCUGACUUCAUCAACUGCAUGAAAUGAACUUGCAUCUGUCAAGUAUAUAUACCAACAAGAGUGUAAAGGAGAAAAAUGUAAGGUGGAAGCUGAAUGGCAAUGAGAUGCAAAAAAAAGUGUAGAAUAAGCACAGUAAUCCUUAAUGCAAUACAUUGUUAGUAAUUUACUUAGCAUUGCUAAGAAGAAUGGAAAAGGCGUUAACGCAACCGUCUUAGCAAUGCUGAGAUGAUUCAUCUCCCACCUUAUGUGUUUCUCUUCUACACCCUUGUGUGCGUGCAUAGCAUAUACGCUGACUGCAAUUUCACUUUAGGCAACUGAUGACGUGAGCUUUAAUCCACAGAAACAUGCGCCAUAAUGAAUUUCUUAGCUUUUAAAGUGCUACAUGACUCUUGAUUUUGUCUAUACGUGGGAAAAUAAAAAUGGUUUUUUUUUACAAAUAGGUGUUUUCUAUGAGAAAGGUGAGUGUUUUUACAAGCUGUGACUUUUGAGAUUGUGUUCUAACUUUAAAAAAAAAUGUUUUCAGCAUGAUUUAUUAAUUGCUGUCCUAUUUUUUGGUAGAAAAGCCUGAGGAAGACCUGUUUGGGCUGAAACAUGUUGGGCGUUAACAAAAGUGCAUUACUCUUCAGCAUAUAUGGGUUGUAUCCAAUGAAGUCAUCUGGUUUGUGCACGGACUUCUGCUUACACAAUGGAAUUUCACCUCUCUUUCCUCCCACUGCCCCACAUCUAUUCUGGGUCCCCCCCCCAACCCUCUGGAGCAGAUUUUGGGAAGGGGACAGGAGAGGAAGGAGAAGUUCCAUUGUACAAGCAAAUGUCCUUGUGCAAGCAGGUUUGUUGGAUGCAACCCUGUAAGUUUAACUAGUUAAGAUAAUUUAUGAUUUAUUAUUCUUUAUGUUAGUCUUCAGCCUACAUGCUUGACAAUCUUAGGGUUCUUUUCAUAUGUUUUAUAUGAAAUCUGGUAAUACCAUUGUCAUUCUUUCUAAAUUUACAGUAUAAAUGAAGUUUUACACUCUACUGGCGGGGGAACUUGUGUAUUAAAGCUUACAGGUUUUUAGCAACUUUUUAAUAAUAAAUACAAGUAAAAUAAAGCAUGCAAAAUUCAACUACCGGUACUCUAUGGGAUAUCAAAACAUGAAAACUGAAAACUUUCCAAUGCCCCAUUAUCUCACCCAAUAUGACCCUAGCUUGGGUUAAGAUUUCCCCCAUGUCAUAAUUGUCCAGAAAGCUCUAUCACUGCUCCCCUCACAGAAAAGAACAGGAAGCUGGAGCGCACACAAAGUUUGGAUUAUUUCUAUUGUUUUUUGAAAUUGUUAUUUUCAUUUUCAAUACUGUGGAUCUAUUAUGACCUUGUAAUCAGUGGGACUGAGAUCUUGGCAAACAGAUACUUUACUUCCCCCACAAAGCUUGGGCUACACCUCAAUGGAGGGGAAUUCCUCAGGUUGGGUACAGAAAUCUUUCAUCUCCUAACUGAACUAUAGAUACCGAUAAGCUAGCAGUGAGAGAGGGGGGCACCAUUAUUGUUGCAUGCCACCCCAAUCUCAGAGCGGUGUGAGAUUUCAGGGUUUCCAGGUGCUUACCCAGAAUUCCAUUUCCUCAGAAUAAGGGACAGUAGAGAAACACUUGUGUCUUUAGGAUAUAUGGUUUAUUUACACAUAUAUGCAACCUGAUCUUAUGGUGGAGGGGCUCACAGCAUUAACACCCAAUGUGGUCUUGCCUUUCCCAUCGCCACAGCCUUGGAUCCCAGUACAUCCCAGGCAUGGCUAUAUAUCUCAGCUGCCCAGCCUACUUCUAGCUUCCAGCUCUCUCUCACACAACUCUGGCUUUUGCCUUUCUAACUAAGAGAUAGUUGAAGGAAGGGGGCCCACCCAUUUGAUCUCUGGCACAGAGCCACUUCCUUUGUUCCCUUAACUACCCAUACUUGGGGGGGGGGAGCAUUAUGACUCUUGCAUGGCUAAUUCAGCAAUUGGAUCCUUGUUGGAUUUGGGGAAUUAUGAGGAACUCAGGCAUACAGCCUACUCGCUCCCCCCAAAAAGAAAAAAAACACACCUUUAUCCUUCAGCCUCUAAAUGUGGAUAAGAGGAACACUUCCCUCAGGUUAUACAGAACAACAUAGAGAAAGGCUGACAAAGGGUGGGGAUUCUAGUUAAGGAAGGAAAACACGCAAUCACUCCUCCAGCCCGCUGGCCCUUUGAAAUAGGAAAAUCAAAUAUAGACAUUACACUAUGGCUCCACUAGUUACUUCUAGAAACCGAUAGUCCUGUGAGCACCCGCAAGUGUCCCAGAAGCAGUUCUGAGAGGUACGGUAAUCCUGGAAUGUAAUCCAGGAUGUUAUCUUAACGCGUGGUAGGUAAGGUCCACAAACCACAGACUUAAUUUUAGAGUGGACACGCACAGGAUUGCGCGCCAAGCAAAUAAAACCCCAGAGCGCGUGCUCGCUUUUGCAGCUCCCCAAGCAGUUCUCUUUCGGACUUCUUUCCUUUCCAGCCAACACGCAACCUUCCCUUCCUUAUCCCAAGUGCGGGAAAUCAGUGGCGCGCAAAACCAGAGGAAAGUCCCCGUACAGAAACUUCCCUGGAAAAGGGAAAACAAAAAGCAUCCACUGCUGUGUUUGCCUUACUGGCACAGCUGCACAGCGUGGGCGGCUCUGCCUAGGACACGGGGCAGAAGCAAUUAAGGACAGGCAGGGCAAAGGCUGCUCCUGACCGCGCCUCUCCCUUCCCGCUCCCCUUUGCAAGGCGGAGGGAUUUUUAUUUUAUUUUCUGAAAGAAUUUUCCCGUGGAAUGUGACGAGUCACCACUCACGUCAAGCCACGCCGCGGGGGAGGGCUAUUUUUACCGCUUAGAACGGGCUGCCAGAAGAAAAGCCCCGCCCCUUGCUCCAAAGUUGAGCCAGGGGGGCUCCCUUUCUAAUAGGGAGAAGUGGGAGGAACCCCACCUAUUGCCUAUCUAUAACCCUAUCCGUUCUCCGCGCCGCCGCGCCCCCUAAAGUGGUACAUCCUAGGAACUACUUUGUUCUGAGGAGGUAGAAAGAAAAAAAGGCGAAAUAGGUGGGCAGUCGACGACGCGUCACGCGCUUGGAGGGAGGCGGCGCAAGCGUACGAGGGCCGUUUGUAGUUCCGGUUGAGGAAGCCGCCGCCGCUCGUGCGCCUCCGGAGGCUGCUGAUUGGCUGAGCCGGCGCUCGUCCCUCUUCGCUGUCGGCGUGACGGCAGGCGGAGGAGGAGGAGGAAGAAUAGGAAGCUCCUCCGCCGCCGCCGCCGCUGUUGGUUUGCCGGCUUCGGCUGGAGAGUCCUCCUUUCUUUGGUUCCUGAGGCGGUGCGCCCUCCCGCCUCUCUUUUCGCUCCCCUCACGCUCUCCUCGGCCUCCGCCUCCCCUUCCUUCCUUCCUUCCUCCCCCUUUGCCCUCCUUGCCUUCGCCAUGGCCACCCGCUCGUGCCGGGAGAAGGCGCAGAAGCAGAACGAGCAGCACCAGGCCAUCCUGGCCAAGCUCCUGAGGGAGGAGGACAACAAGUACUGCGCCGACUGCGAGGCCAAGGGUACGUCGGCGGGGGGCGGGGAAAAGGACCGGACGUUGGGGUGGGUCGGCGGGGGUCUGAGGCGGCGGCCUUCGCGGUGAGAGGGACAGGUGAACCGCCAGGGGGUGGGAAUGGUCCUUUGUGCCUCUGUGGGAUAUCCCUCCCCCCUUUUUUUAACAUUUCCUAGGUGGGUGGGGGGCCGAGGGUGCGAAAUGGGAAAGUGGUUGUGGGGUGGCGGCAGCAGCAGCAGCUGCAGAAGGCCGAACAGCCCUGGCUGUUCUUUUAUAAUAAAUUAUAAAUAUAUAAUAUAUUUUAUAAUAUAUUAUAAAAAAGGCACCUCUGUGGUUUGCUGGCAGGCUUUUUCCUAUCACUUGCUGUUGUAUCAGCGGUAUCGCUGCGGCCACUGCUUCCUGGAACCUGCUUCCUUCCUUUCCUAUUAUGUCUCUUUCUCUCUCUACUUCUAACAGGACUGACAGUUACUUGUAAGGGUUUUUUGUGGUUGCUAGGGUGUGGGGGAAAUAAAAGGUUUUGUAUAUGAGAUGCACACACACACUGGGCAAAAGAGUUCCUGCAUUGCAGGGGGGUUGGGCUCGAUGACCUUUGUGGUUCCUUCUGACUCCACAGUUCUGUGAUCUCCCGCCCUUCUAAAAGCAGGGUUUGAUUUGAGCAGUGCUCUCCUCUGAGGAUUUAGCAGGCACAGAGAUACACCCUCUUCUAACACUUAGGAGUAGGAGGACUCCCGUCCUGAGUCAGGGAUGACGAGGAUAAGGGCUAAGUUCCAGAGAGGCUUUUCAGGUUUGUUUGAGAGUUUGGGCAUGCCUAGUAGGAUUCUUGACAUUUUUUGUUUUUCCUUUCCCAACAGCAAGCUGUAAUGCCAUACAGCAAUUUGGCUUUGGAAGUGUUCCUUAGUUUUGAAAAGAGGGUUGGCUGCGUGGCAUGGAAAGGCUAGCUGUUAAAGAUGAGCAUGCCUGAGGCCCUGUUGGUUCAUGGAACCAUAUUCUUGGGUUUUUUGCCAUUAUUUGGAAUGAUACAUAGAAGUGAAUAUUGUAUCAUUUUAGAAGUUCCCUGAUGGAGAGUCUGGUUCAAUGUGUUGAGGUUGUAAGGAUUUGCACAUGCUGUAGGCUCUUCACCACAGUUGCUGGAGUUAAGUAAGUGUUGUUGACAUUGACACUGACACAUGGAAGUAAGUUCCACAGACCUCAGUAGGAUUUAUAGAGCUGGUGUUCAAGGGUAUGUUGCAAAGGCAGCAGAGUAAAAGAAAAAUACCCUUGGUGGCUCAGGAUUUUGCAUUUUAGAAUUGGUUUUGACUCGAGUACAAUCUAACUUUUUUUUAGUUAUGAUAAAAUGUGACAACAUUGGGCUUUUCAAGACCUAUUCAAAUGGGAAACAGUAUCUGUCUGGAAACUUCUCUGUCAUAGCAGAUGUGCACAGGUGAUUUUGUUCCUAUAUUGAUGGCUAGUUUCAGGUGGUGGUGAUGGGAGACCUUAUAGCCCAUGUGUUAGUGUUCUGCAAGGCCCAUUUUGUUUCCCAAGCUGUUGUAACAUCUAAAUGACCUCCUGGGUGAGAAUAUCCAGAGGUCUUGAGUUAGGUGCCAUCAGCAUGCUAAUACCACCCAGCUCUACUUCUCCUGUUCAUCAGAAUCAGGUGGUGUGAUUGCCAGAAAAACCCUGAAAAGAAGAUCAAAGUUAAGAUCAAGGUACUGAGAGUAAGACGUUGUUUUAUUAUUGUUGUUGUUGUUGUUGAGGUGGUGGGCAACUUGUUAUGGUUGGGUUGCAGAUUGAGGGUGUGUGUUGAUUCAACCUGUAUUUGGAAGCCAAGGUAGAAUCUAUGGCAAGAGGUACAUUCCGCCUCCCAAUGCAAGCACCAGCUGUUUCCUCACAGAAAGACCCUGGUCAAUUUGAUCACUGUUACAGUAACAUCCAGUUUAUACUAGGACCAGGUGUUGUACAUAGGGCUGCCUUUGAAGAUGUUGGAAACUGCUGGUGGUCCAAAAAUACAAUUUCUAGAUUAUUCAUAAAAUUGGCUAGUUAUUAACUUGAUUGGCCACUGAUCUGUUUCCCAACACAGUUCAGAAGUGCUUCUGCUUACCUAGGUUUCAAGUCAUACACAGUGGUACCUCGGGUUAAGAACUUAAUUCAUUCUUGAGGUCUGUUCUUAACCUGAAGCACCACUUUAGCUAAUGGGGCCUGCCGUUGCGCCGCCGCUGCACGAUUUCUGUUCUCAUCCUGAAACAAAGUUCUUAACCCGAGGUAAUAUUUCUGGGUUAGCGGAGUCUUUAACCUGAAGCGUAUGUAAUCCGAGGUACCACUGUAUAGGCCUUUAGGGUAUUUGAAGGAGUGCCUAAUCCCAUGUGAGUCUUCUCAUAUGUUAAGGGUAUCUUCUUUGGUCCUUUUUGGGUGUCCCUGCCUUCAGAGACGUUGAGUGGAAAAAGGACCUUAUCAAUUGCGGCUUCCUGUGUGUAGAAAACCAGGAAAGUUUGCCUUGUGCUGGAUUUCAAGUCUUCCAGGGUUAGAUUAAGAUCUCUCUAUUUACCUGUGCCUUUUAACUGCAUUGUUAGAUUGGUUUUUUCCUGCUGCUUUGUUCUGCACUGUUGUUUUAAUUGUAUUUUGAUUUUCUUGUGUGUGGUUAAAUAUUUAUUCUAAGCCUCCAUAUUGAUAUGGAAGUUAUCCCAUUGAAGGGUGAGGUAUUAAAUAUUUUAGAUUAAUACCUAGAGCAGCAAUUCAGUUCUUACCAAGUAUGAUGACAUUCCUUCCUUAAUCUUAACUUCUUUUUCUAAACAUACUCCAGAAAUAGAAGGUCAGAGCUGAACAUUUAUUGCAGCAGUUGUCAGGGAGGAGUGGUUUACAGACUUUUAACUAUAAGUCUGCCCACAGUCCCUUGAAUGAAUUAGAUCAUUGCAUUAUUUCAAAGUCAGGGAAACAGACUGUGUGGUUUUAUGCAAUGUUUGACCUAGAAUUUCCUUGAUGUUUCAUUGUGUUGCCCUACCAUAAUGAGGAAGAGAAGUGAGUCAUACCAGUGGGCUAAUGCUUGCUUUGCCUGAGCACACAUCAGGAACUUGUCUCCCUAACAAAUGCUGAAUUGCCUAUGCUGAAUGUUGAAACACAAGAUAAAAGAGGGAAUCCUAAUUUCAAAAGUAAGAAUAAUUUACAGUGGUGCCUCGCAAGACGAAAUUAAUCCGUUCUGCGAGUCUCUUCGUCUAGCGGUUUUUUCGUCUUGCGAAGCAACCCUAUUAGCGGAUUAGCGCUAUUAGCGGUUUAUCGGCUAUUAAAGGCUUAGCGGCUUAGCGGCUAUUAGCGGCUUAGAAAAAGGGGGGGGAGCGAAAAAAAUCUCAAGACUCGCAAGACAUUUUCGUCUUGCGAAGCAAGCCCAUAGGGAAAUUCGUCCUGCGAAGCGCAUCGAAAAACGGAAAACCCUUUCGUCUAGUGGGUUUUUCGUCUUGCGAGGCAUUCGUCUUGCGGGGCACCACUGUAAUAGGCUAAGGCCUAGAAUUGCUGCAUGUUACAAGGAUUCACUUGGUUAGCAGAACAGCUUUCAUUACUUUGUUUUCCAAAUUCAGUCAGUUUCCCUGAAGUCAUUUUUUCAGAUGUUUCAAAGCUUCACAUACAAGAAACAAAGUUAUCUGUGAUCAGCAGUCUGUAAAGUCAAACUUGGGAAAAGUACAGUUGCUUACUGAGUAAAGAGUAGCAUCAAUACUUAGAAUGCUGGGUAGCAAAGUAGCAAAAUGAGUAGGGAAAUAAUCUUGACCAGCAACCUCUCUUUGCGUGGCGAGUUCCCGCCCCCCACCAGGAUAAAUAAAGACACGAGACACCAUAGUUUAAGGUUAAAUGGGCGAAUUAGGCCACAACUUUAUUGAAUUCAGGAAUGAGAGGCAUUGGCUUAGGCAUUAGUCCUAACGACUAUCCGCCUGCAACCCAUUUGCUGGAGACACGGGGAAGGGUUAACACUAUAUCGGGGGAGUCUCCCGCCGAGGCACAUCGACUAGGAGCUCCCCUGGGUCACCGCUCGGGGGCGUGCCUUUGGCCCACACCUCCAUAGGCUUCGGACAGGGCCACGCCCCCCAGAGUCCUUUAACGGACCACCCUUCGCUCACUGGGGGGAGGUGAUGGCGUUCCUCCCCCCCCCAUCCUCUUAACCCCUUCUUACCAAUGCCUACCGCCAAUGCCAAAGAGUUGUGACGAGUUGCUACGAGUUAGGCGAAAAACCAAAUGGCUGUAAAUUGCCAAUUGGGAAAAAUUCCUACCAUGCCCCAUGCGGCGACAGACCGAAGUCCAUAGCAAAGUCAGAGACCUACCUAAAGCCUACCUAAAGUACAGUUGCUUACUGAGUAAAGAGGAGCAUCAAUACUUAGAAUGCUGGGUAGCAAAGUAGCAAAAUGAGUAGGGAAAUAAUCUUGACCAGCAACCUCUCUUUCUCCCCCAAAUGAGAUCCACCUUUACUGUAGAUCUGAUGUGGGAACCUCUUUGUAAUUCUCCAUAUUCCCUUCCUCCCACCUUCUUUUCUACAUCCCAUCACCCUCCAUAUUGUGUGUGUGGGGAAACCCUACCACUCACACCCCUCAAAAAUGUUAGUAGCAUUAUUUCUGUAAUAAUAUCAAGGUAGUAAAAUGCUGUGGUGCGCUGUCUGGAGAGGGUACUGUGAGGCUAAUUAUAUCUGGUCUUGUAUGGCAUGGUUUUGUGGUUUUUUUUUGCUGUUGUUAUAAUAAAACUCCUUUGGGUUGUAAUGACCUAGUUUAAUUUAAUUCAGGAUAUCUGCCAUCUCCACUCCCAUACCUGCAGUUGUUGGCACCUUUGAAAUUAAAAAACAUACAGCACCUAGCAUAGUGCAUUACAAUUGCUACAGCAGGCAGAAAACUCAUUAAAUGGUCUACUAAGACCCCACCAAGCCCUUCGACAAUGUUCAAUUGGUCCAUGGGAAAAAUGGCUUGGGAACCACUACUUUAAACCUAAAGGGGAAUUAGUGGUGGGGAAUCUCUGGGCAGUGGGCACAAUUUAUAUCUCAGUUUCUGACUUCUUAAUACUGCCUUUCCUGCAGAGGGAGGAUGUACAUGAAUCCAGUACCCAUGGUAGAACCUUCCUUCAUCCCACUAAAUAUGAUACUGUGUUGCAUGUGAGCAUGGCUAAUGAGUGCACUGCAGUAGAAACAAAUGGAAACAAUCAUGUACCAGAACUCCGCCCCAUUUACGCAUGGUUUAUGUCCCAAGGCACUGUACGUAUAAGUGAAAUCGCUUAUAUUUGAAACACAACUGAAAAGGCCUGUGAACAUCCAAUUCCGUCCCUUUUUUGUGACGUUUUUGGGUCACUUCUGGGUUUGGGCAAUGCACACAUAUUGAAUGCACCUAAAACAGUCGCUGCCUGUAUGCAGGGUGUUUGGGGGGGGUGUUAGUUGAAGAAGCAAUAAAGAUACAGUGGUUAUUCAAAAUUUAUGCAGUAUUGUUGUUGGUUUUUGUUUUUUGUUUUUUUUUUAAGUAAAGGGGGCAGAGAGCCUAGCUGGGCUUGUCUGCAGGGGCAGAGAGUCCCGCAUACCUCCCUGCAGCAGCGGAGGGUGCGCUGCACUUCCCUGCAGUGGCUGGGGGCUUACCACGCCUUCCCCGGGAAUUUACAAAGGGGAGGCAUAUAGUAAUAGUAGAGAUGAAAAGAUAUAAUGUGUACUUGACUUAAACAUUUAAACAAUAACCUGGAUUAUUAUCUAAGUGCAUCAGCGCUAGAAUACUGCUGUGGUAUGAUAUGGCGACAAUCAACCUAACUGACUAGUCAAGUGUCUAAAAAGAGUCCAGGUUUUUAUAGUGAAAUAGUUAAUUCUAUCUACAAUUUUAUACUUGAGGAAGAAAAAAACAACUCAUUUGCUAGGAGAUCCAGACGAUUGCACCCAUGGGACUUCCCUUCUGGAGGAAGAGGGAAGGCAGUUUUCAUUUAUUUCUCCCUGCAGUCCCGACCAUGCUUCCCAAAGAAUGUUCUAGACUAGAGAGUUACGGGACCAUUUAGAACAAUGAGGGUGGCAUUGGGGGCAAGAUGAGAAAUUGCCUCUUUUUCCAUCUUCCUCCAACAGGGGCUUCUGCUGGACCUCAGUUCCUUCUGCAGUAGUAGGAGCCUUUCAGUUUGUUUGAGGACAACUGGAUACAACCACAGCAGAAAACAUCAAAGUGCCUUUGAAAAUGUACUGAAAGAAGUUCCCUUAAAAGGAAUUUGCUUUAAAUGUGGUGUUACACUAGAAUUCCCAGGUCUUGGGAGUGAAAUCCAUUAAAAAAAAAACCGCCGCCCCACAUCACCGAUUGCAGCACAGUUCAUUUGAAAGUCAUAAUUGAGCAACAACAAACCUUCAAAGGACAACUUGAAUUUUAAAAAUUGCUGAUUUAUCAUCAAGUUAUUUGUUAUUUGUUUAGUACUAAGUCAAAAUGUAAAACUUUUUUCCUGUUGCAAGUGUUAAUUUUUAACAUAGAAAAGCGAGGCAGAAAGUGUGAUUGCUGAUUACUGCUAUUGUGAAAGAUCACCGUCCUUGUCUUGUACACAUUUGUCCUUCAUAUAGAAAUGUCACACACUGUACCUCUUGCAUUUCAUGGUAUUUUGGCCCCCAUUGUUUACAGUUUCUUUAAGUAUUUGUCAACAGAGAAUUGUACUUAAUUCAUCUGAAGUGCCUGCUAGUCCAUGAAGACUUAUGUCACAAUAAAUCUGUUGGUCUUUAAGGUGCCACUUUACUCUUAUUGUUCAUUUCAGUUGUAUAACUAAGUAGCCUUUUGUUAUGACUCCCUGUUACUUGCUGCUUAUAAGCUGACAUGCUGUUAAUAGGAUCAGAAAAUAAAAGGCAAUUUGGAACUAUGGCAUUACAGUAAGAGGUAAUAAUUAUACUUUAUGGAAGUGGGAAUAAAACAAGCCAUUGUAUAUUACAAAAUAAAGGUCAUCCUUUAAAAUACAAAACAUUGGAAACCCAUAUGGUAGCUCAGUACCUUGUAUGUAAGCUGUAGUUUAUUACUUUCAGUCAUAAAUACUGUCACAAGUCAGACCCUCACUCUUAACACCAGCAGGCAGCAGAUUUGAGUUUUCCACUCCUUUGCUGUAUAGUUUUGUUGUACUAUAUGACUACUGUGAAGUACUCAUUAGCUCAUUGCUUGAAUCUUACGGAGGAUUUCUUUCCUUUUUUUGUCAGUUUUCUAUUUGAGCAUACAGUGGUACCUCGCAAGACGAAUGCCUCGCAAGACAAAAAACUCGCUAGGCGAAAGGGUUUUUUGUUUUUUGAGCUGCUUUGCAAGACAAUUUUCCCUAUGGGCUUGCUUCGCAAGACGGAAACAUCUUGCAAGUUUGUUUCCUUUUUCUUAACACCGUUAAUACAGUUGCGACUUGACUUCGAGGAGCAACUCAUAGAACGCAGUGUGGUAGCCUUUUUUGAGGUUUUUAAAGACUUUGGUAUUUUUGAAGCUUUUCCAAAACUUUCCCGACACCGUGCUUCGCAAGACGAAAAAAAUCGCAAGACGACAAAAUUCGCGGAACGAAUUAAUUUCGUCUUGCAAGGCACCACUGUACCAGGACUUAAGAUACAGGAGAAAUUUUCUGGCUAGUAGUAUUAAAAUGCACAACAAGCUGAAUAUAUGUUGAUUCACUUUAAAUUUAUAGCAAAUUAACUGAAUUACUUAAAGUAUGCAUGCUGUGAUUAAUUCUCCAAAUUUUGUGUAAUUGGUUUGUAGACUACAAACACAAUAAACAUUGAUUUAGUGCAGAUUUAAAUUUUUGUUAUUAUAGAGUGCAUAUUCUUGGCUCAUUUGAAGAGCAUGCCAAGUGUGGUGGCAGUCAAACUUUACAUGAUUUUUAAAAUUGCAUUUAAAUUGGCUUGUAUUUUAUCUUGUUUAUAUGUGGGGUGCUUUGAGGAUCCUUUUUAUUGACUGAAAUAUGUCAUAUAAAUUUUACAUAUUUCUUGAAAGUAUUUCUAUACCACCAUAUCAAAAUAUCAGAGUGGUAUACAAUGUUAAAACAAAAAACAUAAUCAAAACAAUACAGACCAAUCAUUAAAAUGUCUGACUAAUCAAAAAAUUAAAAAUUAAACAGCUGCAAAUGCCUUUGACAUAAAAAAGAGACAUCUAAAACUUAAAAGCAAGGGUGACUACUGAAACUUCUUCGAAAUCUUCCACAGCGUGAGACUAACAACAUGAAACUCCUGAUUUCUCAUUGAGGACAGUUGAGUCUCUGUAACAUGGGAGACAACUAGUAGCACUCCUGGUUGAUCUCAUUUUCUGAAUAAAUAUACAUUAAAAACCAUGUAGGAGGGGUAAGGAUUUGGGCAUCUGAAGGGGGUGAAGAAGAUAAGAGUCAUGUGAUCCUGUAGUCAACUCACAACUGAAGCCGAGCAUGAAUUUGCUUAUGAAUUGAGGAACAACUGGCUGAACAUGUCUGUUAUGGUUUAACUUGUGAACCACCCUGAGAUCUUUGGAUGAAGGGCAGUAUAUAAAUGUAAUAAAUAAUAACAAUAAUAAAGGGUAGGGAAUCACCAUCCCACGGGCCUAAUUAGUCCCACCCAGUCAUUUUGCCCAAGCUUUUCAUGUUUUAAUAAGACAUUCUGUUUUCUGCUGGAUUUAGUAUUGCUUUAUCCCCCCCCCCCUUAUCUCUUCUGUAUUUUACUGAUACUAUAUUAAUCCUUUGUUACACUUCUUUGAUAUGUAUGGGUCACAAAGAACUGGAAAUAAAAAUUAAUACUUGCAUCAAUUAUUUUUGAUGGGAUAUGUACUCAAAUAUUGCUCCAGUCCAAGUCCAUGCUUCUGUUCUAGCAAUUCAUGCAUGUACUAGUGCUGUGUGUGGCUCUCCUUAGCUGAAUCCUGAAUCAGGAGAGGAAACAUGGGUAGGGAGGAAGGAUUAAAAGAGAAAAGCAUGAGAUCGCUACCCAUACAAUCCAAGAAAUCCAUUUCUUUUAUUGAAAGGAAGGGCUAACAAAAUGAUAAUGACACUCACCCCUGAACUUCUAGUAGAUGUAGAAUUGCCAGGGGCUAUAAUUUAUCAUAUCAAGGAUGUGAUUAUAGGUGCUUUAAGUGAAAUGCUUCCCUCAGUGGUUUAGGCAGCUACCCCUGGAAAGAUACCCCAAAGGGAAGGGAUCUUCCCUAUCAAUAGGUUCUCAAAUUGAGCUCACAGAGAUAAGGAAAGUUAGAAGGGAGAAUAUAAGUUUUAAGACAAGAGUGGUCCUGUUGGGCAGUUGUAUCAGAACUGGAAGAAAAGCAUCCCUGCAGUAGGGACCAUCAUACAGAUGCAGAGCCUCUACUUUAAACAAAGUUCAGUUUGGCUAAUCUGCCUGUACCUAAUCCAUAAUGAUGUUUCUUGGUGACUGGAUUUUAAAAGUAGCUUUAAAAAGUAGCUUUCACAGUGAUGCUCAUUUAAGCAUCAUUAUGUUAAAGAAAAUGAAAUGGCACUUCUCUUAUGCCCUCCUCUGGCAAAAAGAUCUUCUACAUGGAGGAACAAAUUUAGUAAGCACAUGCCCAUCCACAUGCCCACAAUUGAUCCUUUAAAAUUAAAUAGAAGUGUGUAUUUCAACUACAUUCAGUUUUGUUUUACAAGUGGCAAGAGAACCGUGGCAUAAAAUCUAGCACUUCAGUUUCUGUAGACUGUCCCACAUGAUUUUGUUUCUAUACUUUGUGGCUCAGACAAGGAUUUAUCAGCUGGUCUGUAACUGUCACAGUAUAAAUCAUCUUACUUGGUUUACAAAUUGAAAAUAUUUCUAAUUUUGUGCAACAUUAAAUUCAACAUCAUUAAUAUGAAGACAUUGGUUGCAAGGCCAUUAUUUCAUUAUCAUGCCCUGUAAAUGCUUGCAUCAUUCUUCUGCAUUCACCCUUUUCAAACGGAAGGUGAUCUCUUUAUCUCUUCCUGUUGAAUGUUUAAUCUGAUCUAGCAAGGUAAUCUCUGUACAGCUAAUCUAGGGUGAGAGGAAUAAUCUAUGGAGUUAGAAUAACAGGACUACAGUGGUACCUCGGGUUACAAACACUUCAGGUUAUAGACUCCGCUAACCCGGAAGUAGUACCUUGGGUUAAGAACUUUACCUCAGGAUGAGAACAGAAAUUGCACACCGGCAGCUGCUGGAGGCCCCAUUAGCUAAAGUGGUACCUCAGGUUAAGAACGGUUUCAGGUUAAGAAUGGACCUCCAGAAUGAAUUAAGUUCGUAACCAGAGGUAACCCUGUAUGGGUGGUCAUCAAAACUGAGAAUAGCAUCUUACUUAGAGCUGCCAUAUGUCCAAAAUUUCCUGGACAUAGCUGCGAUUUGUCCUCCGAAAAUAGCGUCCAGGUGCAAUUUUUGAAAAGCAGCAAAAAUGUCUGGGAAAACCUGGGCAUAUGGCAGCCCAUAUCGGAAGUGUUGAUUUUUUGGCGACAUUCCUAAAAAAUAGGUAAGAAUUUCAUAUAUAUUUUUUGGAGAUUUUGCAGGAAAAAAGCUCAACAACUUUGCCCCUCCUCCCAAAAAAGCUCUAUUCCAGGACAGGUGUCAUAGGUCUUGUCAUCCAGGCUUCCCUUAACUCUAAACUUCAGUUACUGAUAAGUGUAUACUCAAACCCUUGCUCUCAGUUACUGGAAUACUGGAGUAUAAAAAAAUUUCUGGGAGAUGACUUGUAGAUUGUGUGAACAGUCAGCUGAUUCUUGCUACAACUGAACAGAUGGAUGUCAGUUGACUUUUUUUUUCUGCAGGAACAGGUCCCGUUAAUUAGAAGAGUUUCCAAAACUGGUCUGUGAGCUUCAUUUAAGUGGUCUGUGGAUUUUUGGUGGAAUACAGUGGUACCUUGGUUCUUGAACUUAAUCCGUUCCAGGAGUCCAUUUGACUCCCGAAACCGUUCGAAAACCAAGGUGCGGCUUCCGGUUGGCUGCAGGAGCUUCCUAUACUCAAGCGGAACCUGCGUCGGACGUUUGUUUCCGAAAAACAUUUGCGAACUGGGACACUUUCAGGUUUGCGGCGUUCGGGAGCCGAUUUGUUCGACAACUAAGCCAUUCGAGAACCAAGGUACCACUGUACAAGGAGACAGCAUGUCCAUUAUAUUAAAUAUUAGCUCAGUUGGGGAGCGUGGUGCUUAUAACACCAAGGUCACAGGUUUGAUCCCUGUAUGGGUGCAUAUUCCUGCACUGCAGGGGGUUGGAAUAUAUGAUCCAUGGGGUCCUCUCCAAAUCUGAUUCUAUUCAUAUUGAUUUUUAAUUGUAUUUUAUUGCUUCCUUUAUUGCUUUUAUUUCUUCUUAUGCUUGUAUUUUAUUACAUUAAAAUUUUAAUUCUGUGGAGAAAUAGAAGAAGCAAUAAAAUACAAGUAAAACCAUACAGUAUCUAGCACAGAUGAGGUAUGAGAGACUCUGUUGGCAAGUAGGUAAUGGCUUUUCCCACCUGCCUUGCCCCAUCCUCCAGCCCAAGGAAACUUCAGAAGGGAGUUCCUCCCACAGGCGGUAUGUGUAUGUGUAUUUUAAUGAGCUAAAUAGAGAGAUUAUGAGUCAUAAACUUAAACUUAAUAGUGCUUAGUUUAUUUUUUGGUUGCUAUUUUGUUAAUGUUAAUAUUUUAUAAAUUGUAAAUACUGUAUUGAUUUGUUAAUCAUAUAAUAUGACUUUGCUUUUUUAGCUUAUUUUUAAUUGUUGAUUUCUUAACAAUGUUUUAUAGAUUUCAAUUGUUUCACUGAUUGAUUUUUUAAUUAUUCUAUAAGAUUUAUGCUGUACUUGUGAUGUUCUUUUAUGUUCUAUCUUAUUAUUAUUUAUUGUUUGCAAGCUACUUUGGGAUUUACUUGGAAUGAAAAGUGGCAUAGAAAUAUAAUCAAUCAAAUCAAUCAAUCAAUCAAUCAAUCAAAACUGUGUUGCAUUGCAGUUGCUAAAACAGACAUAAAAAACCUUUAACAGUCUGCCAAGACAAUCAGCAUUUUUCAAGUGGUGCAUGAGAAAAAGAGUUUGGAAGCUACUGUAUUAGAAGAGCACCUCAGGUUUUGAAAAAUUGUGUUGCUUAAGAUACUGAGUGCUAGAUUAAUUUAAGCAUUUUACUUUCACUGUUCACAUAAUUUGUGUAUACAUAUAGUUGAUUCAGGUGUUGAAGAAACUUGCAGCACAACUGGAUAUAACAUUUAGAGAUCCAUGAUCAGAACUCUUACUUUUAAAAAUAGUUUAAUAACAGCCACAGGGAGAAAAAUAUUUAACCUUUCAUUCCGUGCCAUUUUCUUAGUGAAAACUGUUUACCUUCAGCUUCUUUUUAGCCUGUGGGGGGUGGGAAUCCCACAGCUAUGUGUACAUUUCCCCCCAUGAGGCAAAUAGUUUUGAGUACAUAAUUUUCAUUUGGAAAACAAGAGGGUGAAGAAAAGAAUACACCCCUUUUCCCCAGUGACAUAGUACUGAUGGGAUUGCCUUCCUCCUCCACUGUUAAUAGUUUAACGAAACGAAAGGAGAUAUGCUCUCAGAUCUUGCAACUUACUUGACCCUCAACCUGUUUGUCAGUUACUUUGCUCCAGUAUUAGAUCAAGAACUGUGUGUCUGUGUGCACGCAUGCAAGUACAUGCCUAGUUUUCUGAAUAAUUUGUUGCCUUUAAAUUUUACUUUAGUUCCCUGAUUUAAUUUUGCAGUUUUCAUUUAUGCCUGCAGCUAUAUUAGAUUAGCAUCAGCAAGUGUAUUCUGCCAGGGCUAUAUCUUCUUUGUUUAAGUAGCAAAUAUCUCCAGUUUUUGUCGUAGUUGUGAUUCCUGCCAUGUAGAAUUCCAUAGAUGCUCUAUCAUUACUUCUAGUGUAUAAUCUGAUUUAGCGUAUAUUUUCAUUUGUAUCACUGUAGAAAAUUAUUGUCUUACCUAUUGAGCAAGGCAAGAAAAUUAAGAAAGGCUCCCGGCAAGAAUACAUGUAAUGGAUGUUAUACACACAUCCCUUCUCUCUAUAGAAAUGGGUCACACAAGUUAUUAUGAAUGCAAAUUGAAGGGGUACCUUUGAUAUUGUUUAAAUCAUGUCUGACAAUAUAAUUAUUUGUGUGUGUGAAUCUGGUUUAUUGCUAGACUUACUCAUUCGGCAGGUAAAUAACCAGGUCUUCAUAAAGACAGCAGCUUUUGGAAAAUGGUUAUAAGAGACCUCAUUGUAUCCUGCUCCUUUACCCCUGAAAAUCAAAAUAUAUCAAAAUUGAUGCAUUUUUUAGCUCUACAAGAUUAACAUGCAAAUGACUAAUGGAAUUGUUCCAUAGGAACUUGAUAAUUUUGUGCAUCUAAAACUGGGCCAUUAUGUUUAGUCUUUUUCACCAAGAAAGUAAACUGAUUAUAGGUUUUCCAAGAAUUAAGGGCAGGUUUGCUUGUUCUCUGCAUGGAUAAAUUAACAGUGCCACUAGGUGGAGCUGUUAAUCCAAACAAGUGAAAAUUGUCAUUAAGCAUUUAGUUUGCUUCCUGUUGAACAGUACUGUAUUUUGGAAUUAUUAGAAUACCAGAUAAAACUGGCUGUAAUGAAGAGCAUAAGAGCUAUAGGACUCCUGGGAUAGGCAAAUGCUAAGAAAUCUUCUUAACCUGUAUCCUUUAUUGGGAGAGAUAUAGUAAGUAGUGACAGAGCAUCCAUAGCUUAUUGGUAGAACACCUGCUUUUUGCAUCCCAGAUCUGAAUACUGGCCUUUCCAGGUAGGACUGGGCAUGUCCCCUAUCUGAAAUGCUGGAGAAUUGAUGCUCGUCAGUGUAGACAGUACUGAUCAAUGGCCUGAAUUGGUAUAAGGCAGCUUUCUAUGUUCUUAAGUAGCAUACAGAGAAAGAUGCAUACUGUUAUGGAUUUCAUCUAAUGAAUAAAACAACCUAUUGAAAUGUUCCAGCUGAAAUAACCCCUCAGUGUUGGAAGGGUGAAGUUUACAACAAUAAUCAAAUAGAAAUUUGGUACCGAUGUUUAUGAAAAAAUCAGGAAGUGUAUCUGUGAUGGGAUGAUGAGCUGCUUGUGCGUAAAAUCGUAUCCCCUCAGAGUUUGUUCAAGUCCACAAACCUCUGUCUGUGACGGAGCCCCUCAGACAUGGCUACUCUAGUCACUAGCAGAUUCCGACAGUGGUUGCUUUCGUAAUCGCUUCCAACAUAAAAGCUCCUUAACGGAAACACGUCUUCUGGAAUCUCUGCGUGACAGUUUCCGGCGAGGAGUGGGUGUUCUUACAGGAGGUCCUGAAACUUCCCCACUGUUUUCGCUGGAAGUGUCUCUGAGCCAUCCCUCCAGCUCAGCUCCUCUCCCCCUGCUGGUUCCCUCUUCAGCUGCUGCGUCUCUCCCAACCUGUGUGAGCCCUUUCACCUCCCUGUUGGUUCCCUCUUCAGCUGCUGCGUCUCUCCCAACCUGUGUGAGCCCUUUCACCUCCCUUCCGUCCGAUGGCAGUUCCCUGACAUCCACCUCCCCUCCAGGGCCCCCUUCACCCCCUCUCGCCCCCUCCUCUACGGGCGGUGAGGAGGCAAAACCCGGAAUGAACUUCCUUCAUCUUCCGAUGUCUCGAACACUUCUCUCAACCUGUUGCGGUUCCUGGUCUCGAAGUACACCUCCUCCUCAGAGUCCAUCUCCCCUUCCCCUUCCGAGUCCGGGAAUCCUUCCAACUCCUCCCCUUCAUCAGUGGUCCCAAAGUAUUCCCUCCGGAACCUCUCCACAGGCUGAGGUUUCCUUGGGAACCUUUGAUGGAACGUUUCUAUCAAUACCUCGUCAUUGAUAUCUUCAGCCAUUACCCAAGUGUUUUCUGACUCCGGUUCUCCUUCCCACGCUACCAAAUACUCCACCUGAUCCCCCUUCCACCUGGCGUCGAGGAUUUCUGCCACAUGGCUGCUGCAUUCUCUUUCUUCUACGACCGGUCCCGAGGGGCCAGCCCUUCUCGUCCCCCUUCGUACGGUGACAGUAACGACCUGUGAAAUACUGGGUGCAGUUUCAUGUGGUUGGGUAACCGGAGCCUGAAAGCCACUGGGUUGACCUGUUGAAUGACCUCAAAGGGACCCAACCUCCUGGGUCUUAAUUUCUUACAACCUCCUUUGAACGGCAGCCCUUGGGUUGACAGCCACACCCUAUCUCCCACCCUUAUGGUUUCACCUUCCCUUCGGUUCUUGUCUGCCUGCCUCUUGUAUUCUUCCUUCGCCCUUUCUAAGUUGAGUUGGAGCUGACGAUGGAUUGCUUCCAUUUCUUCCACAAAAUGCUCGGCUGCCGGGACGCUCCAUCUCUCCCCUCUCCCCUGGGAAAGCCCUGGGAUGACACCCAUAAUUAGCCAAGAAGGGGCUCAUCCCUGUGGACACAUUCUCGGCAUUGUUGUAGGCAAAUUCCGCCAGCGCCAACUUUUCUACCCAGUCAUUCUCUCUGUCAUUGACAUAACACCUCAGGUAUUGCUGGAGGACACCGUUUGCUCUUUCCGCCUGCCCGUUGGUUUCAGGGUGCCGGGCAGUCGAAAAAUUGACCUCCACCUGCAGUAAGCUCAUGAGCUUCCUCCAGAACCUGGAAGUAAAUUGUUUUCCUCGGUCUGAGACCACCCUCAAUGGCACCCCGUGCAACCUAAAAAUGUUUUCUACAAAUAACUUCGCUGUCUCUUCCGCCGUGACUGCAUGCGAGCAAGCUACAAAGUGGCACAUCUUUGUUAGUAGGUCUACCACCACCAUGAUGGCUGUUUUCCCUUUGGACUUCGGCAGAUCAGUCAUAAAAUCUAUCGACACUGCCUCCCAAGGUCGUUCUGGGGUUGGUAAGGGUUCUAAUAGCCCCGCCGGCGCCCGCCUUUCCCCUUUGGCUCGCUGGCAUUGCUCGCACCCUCUUACAUACUCACGUACAUCUUCCCUCACCUUAGGCCACCAAAAUUCCCUGGUGACCAACCACAUGGUUUUGUGUUGUCCAAAAUGCCCCGCCGUAGGGCUGUCGUGCAACUGCUUGAGUACCCUCCCCUUAACUCUCCUUCAGGGAUAUACAGUGCCCCUUUGUAAUACAAAGCUCCAUUUCUUUCCUCAAAACCCCUGGUUCCUCUCCAUCACCCCUAAGACCUCUGAGCUUAUUCUGGGCGUAUUCAUCAUUCUCUGUUUCCUCUACCAGUUCUCUUUGUCCCACCAAUGCCGCCCCACACACCCAGCGGUCUUCUGGAAUGACAUGUCUCUCUUCGGGUGCCCCCUCCCCUUCCAAAUAUUCAGGUUUGCGUGAGAGAGCGUCCGCCCUAAUGUUCUCUGGGCCUGGCACGUAACUAAUCUCAAAGUUAAAUUUGGAGAACUCCUGGGCCCAUCUCACUUGCCGUUGGUUGAGCACUCGUGCCGUCCUCCAAUACUCUAGGUUCUUGUGGUCAGUGCACACUUGCACCUUAUGUUGUGCGCCAAUUAGCAGGUGCCUCCAUCUCCGGAACGCCUCAUGAAUGGCUAGUAGUUCUCGGUCAUACACCGUGUAGUUCCUCUCGGAUUUGUUCAGCUUUCGCGAAAAAAGGCACACGGUCUCCACUCUGACCCCUUCUUGCCUGGCUGCAGAAGCACCGCCCCAAUCGCUCUGUCUGAUGCGUCAGUUUCCACUCUCAUCGGUUUUUGUAAAUCCACAUGCAGGAGUUGUUGUUCCGAGGCGAAGGCCCUUUUUAGUUCCUCAAAUGCUCGCUCCGCCUCCUCAGUCCACACGAACUUCUUCUUACUGCUGAGACAGUCCGUAAUGGGCGCCGUCAGGUGGGCAAAGUUUCGGAUGAACUUACGAUAGAAGUUCCCAAAUCCUAGGAACCUCUGCACAUCCUUCUUUGUUUUGGGUGUUUUCCAUUCCAGCACCGCCUGGACCUUGCCGGGAUCCAUGGCCAAUCCUUUGUCUGACAGGCGAUACCCCAGGAAUUCCACCUCCUUGGUAUGAAACUGACACUUCUCCAGUUUCACCCACAGCUGGUUGGCUUGCAGCCUGCUCAACACUUCUCUGACGUCUCUCACAUGCUGCUCCUCAUUCUCAGAAUACACCAACACGUCGUCUAAAAGGCCACACAAUUCUUGUAAAGCAAAGGCCCCAGGACGUGGUUCAUAAACGAUUGAAAUGUUGCGGAGCCUGCUUGUAGGCCGAAGGGCAUAACCAAAUAUUCAAAUGCCCCUAAAGGGGUGAACAUAGUGGUUUUCCAUUCAUCCCCCUUCCUUAUUCGUACCAGGUUGUACGCCCCCCUUAGGUCCAGCUUUGUGAAAAUCUUUCCCUUCCGCACCCUUGUCAAAAUGUCGUCAAUCCUGGGCAUAGGGAAGGCUACUGGUUCUGACACUGCAUUUAAGGCCCUGAAGUCACACACCAGCCUCGGCUUGUUCGUGUUUUCUUAUCCACAAAAACACUGGGCUGCCCCCACCGCCCUGGACUCUCUGAUGAACCCUCUCUUCAGGUUCUUGUCAAUGAACUCUCUUAACUCCUGCAUCUCUCUGUCUGACAUGGCGUACAGCUUGCCUACAGGGAGCUGUGCUCCAGGGAGUAAGUUGAUUUGACAGUCAAAGGGUCUAUGCGGGGGUAGUUGGUCAGCUUCCCUUUCGCUGAAGACGUCACGGAGAUCUGCAUAUUGUCGUGGUACCUUCACGUUCUCUGUUACUUCAGUCCCUGCUAGGGUGGCUUGGACCCCUGCCAAACCCUUUCCCUCUUUGCAGUGUUCUAAGCAAUGUGCUGAACCAAAAGAAACCACUCUCUGAUGCCAGCCCACCAGCGGAUCAUGUAACGCUAGCCAGCUCAUCCCCAAUAUAAUGGGAGCUCCUCCCAAGGUGGCCACAUUAAAAGCUAUCAGUUCGGUGUGCCUUGCUACCUUCAUUAUCAUUGGGACGGUCUGCAAGCUGACUUCUCCACCCAACAGCUCCCUGCCAUCGAUAGUGGUCACCUGCAGGGGGCUGCUUAAAGGAUUGUCUGUAUCUGGUGUUCAGCUGCAAACUCUUUGCUCAUGAAAUUGCAGGAGCUGCCUGAGUCCAACAGCGCCUUUAUCUUUAGAGGGUGUCCGUUUGGCAGCUCUAGCGUCACUUCUAUCACUAGGGCGGGUUUAGGAGGUUCUGGCGUGGGCACUCUCACUGCUCUUUGGCCUGGCUGCUGUGCCCUGACAGUGGCAGCCAGGCGUUGGCUUUACUUGCUCCGGUAUAUUUUCCUCUCUUCCAUCCACAGCUCCUACCAUCCCCUGCCAUUCUUUCCUCUGAGGGCAGACUCUGGCAAAGUGACCUGGCUGUUGGCAGAGAUAGCAUUUCCGGGCGCCUUUUCCCUCCUUCUUUGCCCCCUCACUGGGCUUUGAAACUGCGCGCGCGCGCUGUUCCGAUUUCCAUCGGCUCUGCCGGUGGGAAAGUUGGCUCUGGAAUGUCUGGAAUGCGGAACUCCUUCCAACGUUCCCCUUUCCCUUCCCGCCUCUCCAAUGCUCUCGCCUCCUGGCGCGCUCCUAUGGCCAGCGCUGAUUUGGUCAGCUGGUCCAUAGACUCCGCCCUGGGCGCCCGGGAAAGUUCGUCUUUCACAGCCGAAGAAAGCCCUUCUUCAAAGAGCAUCUGAAUGGGUUCCGCCGAUAAGUCCCACCCCAAUCUGUGAACAAGCAUGGUGAACUCAGUCCAGUACUCACGGACAGAUCGGCUCCCCUGUUUGCAACCCAUUAACUGUCUGCGCACCACUCCCUUUUCAAUAUCGCUGGAAAACAUCAGAUCCAUGGCGCGAAAGAACUUCAUCGUGUCCUUUAAGACGUCACUAUUAGCUGCCAUCAGGGGUCUAACCCAGUCUCUCGCCCCCUUUUCAAGAUGCUCAAUCACGAAAGCCACUCGUGAUUCCUCGUCGGGAAUUCAUCAAACUGCAGAUUGAGGGCAUAUUGCAUUUCUGUCCGAAAACCAUGAUAGUUUUGGGCUCCCCCAAACUUCUGCACCAAUCCUGGUACCUUUCUGGCAAACUGGGUGGCUUUCCCCCUUUGUCUGCAUCCUGAGCCCUCCUCUCCUCCAAGCCUCGCCGUCUGCAUCGCUAGCUGGACCUCCAACAUCUGGUACCUUUCUUCCAGGCUUGGACCCGCUCCAGCUCCUGCUUCUCCGGUUCCGGCUGGGUUGCUCAUGAUGCCUUCUCCUGCACAAGCUGCUUUCAAAGACUGUCGGAAUGCUGUGAUGGGAUGAUGAGCUGCUUGUGCGUAAAAUCGUAUCCCCUCAGAGUUUGUUCAAGUCCACAAACCUCUGUCUGUGAGGAGCCCCUCAGACAUGGCUACUCUAGUCACUAGCAGAUUCCGACAGUGGUUGCUUUCGUAAUCGCUUCCAACAUAAAAGCUCCUUAACGGAAACACGUCUUCUGGAAUCUCUGCGUGACAGUUUCCGGCGAGGAGUGGGUGUUCUUACAGGAGGUCCUGAAACUUCCCCACUGUUUUCGCUGGAAGUGUCUCUGAGCCAUCCCUCCAGCUCAGCUCCUCUCCCCCUGCUGGUUCCCUCUUCAGCUGCUGCGUCUCUCCCAACCUGUGUGAGCCCUUUCACCUCCCUGUUGGUUCCCUCUUCAGCUGCUGCGUCUCUCCCAACCUGUGUGAGCCCUUUCACCUCCCUUCCGUCCGAUGGCAGUUCCCUGACAGUAUCAGUUUAUAUAUGUUGGGAGAAUCUGAAAAAUGAACUUUGUAGUCUCUGAUUUUCAGCCAUACUAUAGAAAGUGGACCUGCUGCUUUAAAAUAAAGUCAGUAUUGUGAAAAAUGAGGUUCAAGACAUAGAAGCUGUCCUUAAUAUGUGAAAAACUCAAAUAUGGCAGAGAGCAGGAUUGCCAUUUUUUAAGGAAGUGAGUAUAUCUUAUGUUGCAUUAUUCUCCAGCUGUGUGUCUUUAGAAACAUUGACAGAUGGUUGGCUGUGGCUUUGUAUCAAAAUAAGACUAAGCUUUUCCUCUGCUUUCUUAGUUGAUGUGCUCCCCAUAAUUGCAUAGAUGAUUACUGCAAAAAAAGACAAACAGAUGUUUGAAGUACUGCUUGUUAUGCUGAAGUUGUGAGGAAAGGUAAAAAGUGAGACCCAUGGGAGAUAGCUGUAGCAUCCACUCUUGAAGAGAGGAUAUUUUCAAAAUAGAUUAGCAUAUGUAGACUGGAGCAAUGAUAUCUAAACUCUCAAUAGUUUUGAUCAUAUAUGCACAUACUGAGGAAUGGCUGGAAUAAAUGUCAAAGCCAUCUUUGACUUAGUUGUCAAAGAUGUUGGGCUGUGCAGUGAAAGCAUAUUGUUUGUUCUGAUGUUAUUUCUCCAUUAAAUAGCUCACUGUAGAAACCACAAUGACUUUUGAGAAGUAUGAUUAUAAUACCCUCAUGCAAAUCAGAGUAUAAUUAUUCCUGGGCAACCAUAUCAUGACCCAGAAUCCCUUCUCUGAAGCUUUUUUUCAGUAUGUCUGAUACUUUAUGAUAUAAUGAUUGAGCUGGUACUUUCUUUUUCAUCCAAUAUGUAUAAAACAGAUGACCUGGGAAAGUGGCUUCUGUGGCUACCUCUCCCACUUAAUAAUUAUUUUCCCCCUCUCAUUAAGCCUAUGAACAUGCAAUUUUGCCACAGAUGUGCUCACUAUGAGUUUCAGACCUUUUGGUAGGCUUCAGAGGUACUCUAACAGUGCAAAUGCAAGUCGUUUUAUGACAGUCAAUGACCAGUAUCAGGACAAAAACACCAAUUACAAAAUUUAAAAGUUGCAAACGAUAAAAUGAUAUAAAAUUGCAUCUUUCUGCCAGUCUCUUGACAAGCAAUAUUGGUGAACAAAGCUCAAGCUAAUCUUAAGCUAUUAUAAAUUGAUUCCAACUCAUAGCAGAAAAAACAGCUAAAAAAAAUCCAACCAGAAACAGAGCAAAAUAUAGCAGCAGGCAAUCCAUCAGACUACAACAAAGGGUGAGAUGGGAAGCAGGGCCACUUCGUUGUCUUUGAUCCAAGACCAGCUAUGGCCUGGUUUGCACAUUAUGGUUUGCAACCAUGGCUUAGCAUGAAUGUGCAGCCUUCUGGAGAGAGAUUGCAGCUCCUUUGUUCCUCCCUGGUCAUUCUGCUGCUACACUGAGUUAAACCAUAGUUUGUCUUAGAAUGUCUUCAAACCUAGAGCUCUCCUAGACAAACUACAAGCUGUAAACUGUAGCACAAACCUUGGAUACAUCUUAUGGUUAGUUUGGAGAAAGAUAAUCACACUCAGCCAAACUUUUUUUCAAUCACUGUAAGUGUUUGUUUUUGCUUUUCCUUUCACCGUCGCCAUCCCUGUUUUUUUCUUUUGAGUCUUUCAGAUUGUGAGCCUGCUGGCAGGAACUAUCUCAUUGGUUAUUGACCGUUUUUAAACUGUUCUGGAAGCAUAUUAGCUGAAAGCUCGCAGGGAAAACACUUUAAAUCAGUGUACUGGCAGAUGUUGCCAACUCUCAACAGUAUGACCAAUGGCCAGUGAUAUUGGGAGUUGCUGUAUACACCACAUUGGCCACCCCUACUUUAAAUAAAUGUAUAAACUUAAGAGUUCUAAAAACUCCCAAAGUGCAUUGGCAGAAAUUUUUUUUGGGGGGGGGAUUCCAUUAUGAGUGUUCUAUUGCUGUACCAGCAUAACAAAAAAGAAUAUGGCCAUUACUUAGAAUCUUUUCUAGCCCAAAGGCUGAGACUAAAUAAAAGAGAGUGGCCCACCAGCUGUGACAGUCUUUCAAAUCAAUCACGACUUCUCUGGAAGUAGCUGUGACACAGCAGGCUAUAAGUCCUUAUGGGGUAUAACAAAUUUGCUGGGACUUUUCUCCUUCAUCUUCCUCUCUCCCCUGCAGUAGCAUUUGCACCCUUGGAAAGGAGGAAGCUGGAUACUAUAUCUAUCUAUCUAUCCAUCCAUCCAUCCAUCUAUCUUAGUUUACAAAAAUACGUGCAUUGUCUCUUUUUUCAAGUUGUGUUUUCUACAGAUCAGUUUCAUUUGUUGUGAGACAUUAGUGUUGCAUGUAGUAUUAGGUUGGGAAGAAAAGAGGGGGAGGAGGAAUGGUGAGUGGGGUGGGCUCAGGUGGUUCUGCUUCUAUUCUUCUAUUCUUCUACUUAGUGUAUGUGUGGGGUUUUGUGUCAGCGUCACUUGUAUGGGUUCUCUUACUAUUCGCUUGUUGUAUUUCCUUGGUGGUGAGAGGGGUUGGGGGGUGGCCUAGGGUGUGGUUGGUUGUGUUUGGUUUGCUGUAGUGAGAUUUGUUUUUGUGUGUGUGUGUGGAUUUUUGCAUCAGGUUAGCCAGAUUGAUACAUAUGCUGUCAACGGAUUCUUGUUGUUGACUUGUUGGGCUUUGUAUGUAAUAAAGGGGAACCAUACCGGGCGGUGAAGGCAUCUUCUAUUUGUGCCCAUGUCAGUUUCAGUUUAUUGGUUAGUUUUUCUAAUAAGGCUGUUUCCCAUACUAUUUGAUACCAUUAGUUCAUGCUUACUCCUAACAGGUCUCUCCAAUGUUUGGCUAUGAUGCUAGCUGGAUACUUGUAAAGGCAUAAGUCACCCUUAAAUUUGUUCUUGCCAUUUGGGCAUUUUCACAUGUGGUGCCGAUAACAUAUUUUAUCAUUGAGUGCAUUAGUUGUAAAUGUUAAAUGAGUUAGAAGGAUGUUCUUGUUUUUAAAUGAAAUGUGUAGUCUAAUACACAGGCUUAUAUUCAAAACAUACAGAUGGGCAAUAUAAAUAAUGAUAAAAUGCCAUGUGAAAACAGUUGGUGUGUGUUAUUCUGUCAUGAAGUAGCACUGAAAAUUUCACUGAUCAAGUAAAUAAGAUCUACCAUUUGAAUGUGCCUUUUACCUGAGGCAGUUCUACCCAACAAAUCUGUUGUUUGGGUUAUCAUUCCUUUAAUUUUCAAAAACAUACAAAAAUCUUUUGUUAAUAAGAGUUCAACUUAACUUUGUUGAGACCAUUAUGGAAUUUAAAUCUGUGACGUAACAAAAGGGCCCUAUGUGCUUGUGUUUUAUCAUGUGAAUCAGUUUCCUAUGGCACCCCACAAUCAUGUCAUCUUGGGUCAGUGUAGGUGCAACCAUGGGACUAUUCCUUAUGUUUUGCAGAUUGCCUGUUUUCCCUUCUAGCACUAAAAUAAUUUGGUCAAGCAACCAUUCCCAUAAUUUCCACCUACACAUCCUACCACACAGCCAUAGGGUACUGUACCACUCACAUUUCACACAAUUCUCAGUACUCCAAGGACCACCUCUUCCCAUAUGAACCAACCUGGACCCUGCAAUCAUAAUUUGAGCCCUUCGCAUGCCCCCUCCGCAAGAGGCCCGGAGGGCAACAACACGAGAACAGGCUUUUUCUGUGGUGGCUCCCCACUUGUGGAAUGCUCUUCCCAGGGAUGCUCGUCUGGCGCCUUCAUUACAUAUUUUUAGGCAACAGGCCUUUGGCUAAUUAAACAAUCUAUGGCCUUUUAAACUGGGGGCAGGGGGGAUUAUUGUUUGUGUUUGUUAUUAUGGUAUGUAUUUUUGUGCUUUUAUAUUGUAUAUUGUAAACUGCCCUGUGAUCCUCCAGUGAAGGGUGGUAUAGAAAAUGAAUGAAUGAAUGAAUGAAUGAAUGAAUGGAACUGCCUAUUUUGUCCCAAUAUCUUUCUUUCUAAGAGGGCUAGAGAUUUUAAAAAAUGAAAGCUCAGAGUCUGGGACACCUGCCAACAAGCACCACUGGAAGCCUUCACAGGUGCCAUGGCAACCAAGGGUGCUGGGUUGGCAACCACUGAACUAUAACUGUAGAAGACUUUGAUCCAAUGGACUGCUGGAUAUUAUUAUCUUCCUAGAGUUGGAAAAGCAAUUUGUGAUGCUAUGCAAAUAGGCCACUGCCUGGGAAGUAAAAGCAAAGGCCUACAUGCAGUAAUAUGUGCAAAUGGACUGUCUGAAUGAUAGUCUUAAACUGACAGUUGCAUUUAUAUGCCCGAAAUAAGACUUACUUUAAAACAUAGCCAGAUCUUGCAAUAUUUUCAUAUCAGUUAUUUCCCAUAGGUCCAAGAUGGGCUUCCUGGAACACAGGUGUCUUUAUUUGUAUCAGAUGUGCUGGAAUUCAUCGAAAUCUGGGGGUUCAUAUAUCAAGGGUCAAGUCUGUCAACUUGGACCAAUGGACACCAGAACAAAUACAGGUAAAGAAAACUAAAAUUGUAGUGGGGGCGGCAGAAAUCUUCUGGAAAGUUUAUUUCACAAGCUUAAUUGGUAAAAUGGAUUAUUCUUGCCCACCUUUAAAAAAAAAAAAAGGACCAACAACUGUUAUUUAGUUAGAGGCAUUUUCGUUAGGAGGACACUAUGUAGCAGCCACUAUGUUUGCUUCCCUUAAAAUAUCAAGACUACAUAUUGAAGGCUGUUUGAAACUGCUUCCACAUGACAGCUGCCAUUUUCUGUGUGAAAAGAGUAAUGAAAUGGAUUGACAUUCCAUGCUAAUAAUAGCUUGUCUUUGUGCUGCCAAACUUGUAUUGUGGCAACUUACAUAGUCUAACAGUAUUAAAAGCUUUCUAGCCAAUGAAGUGAAUGAUGCCCUGAAACUUUUGGCCCUCUAUUUUGUUCACUUGUUCAUAGCCUGAUCCAUUUUGGCAUAGUUUCUCCCAUUUUUCUUAGGGCUUUUUCCAUAUUCAGAACAUGAUCCCAAUCAAUCAAGUUGUAUAUUGCAAUUUUUUUAAAAAAAAAAAAGUGGUGAUUUUUACUGAAGGCAGAGAGAACCUUCAUAUUGCCCUCAUUAAUAAUCAGGGUGGUAAUAGUAUCAGUUUCAGUUUUUCAGGCUGAAGAAAGGGGGAGCAUCGUCCCAGUUGUUUUGAUAAUCAAGAUGCACCCUGGCAAUUCUCCAAAAGAGAGACCUGCUUUUUGGAGGGUGUCACAAGCAUGUUUGAUAAAUCAGUCCUGUUUUGCCUUAUCUCAAAAUAGCCACUAUUUUUUCAAUGUUUCUGACGACAGUCUUUAAGGAUUUUCAGUUUACAGGAGCAUUUCACUUGUGUUACAUUAUCCAGCUUUUCAGCAAAAACAUAACUUCACUUAGCCUGAUGACCUGUUCCUGUCAACUAUCAUUUUGUCCAUUAAUACACUUAAAGUAGAAUUCUAUAAAUUUUUAGAAAUGUGACAUUUAAUUAUCAAAAGGCAGUUUAAGCACAAUUGUAAAAAAAUACAGUACUUGCAACAUCAAAAAUAUAGAAGCAAUUUAUGUUAUGGUAUAAAAGCAGUGUGCAGUAUAUUUUAUGGUAGCGGAAACAUUUUCAACAGGGAUAUUACCAUUUCCUCAACACUAAAAGUGCCUGAUAAUAUCUCCCUACCAAAAACUUACAAUAGAAUUUAGCAUUGCUUAGGCAGUACUAUGCAACCUUAUCCCAACAAGACGAAACUUGUACAAUGCACAUGUUAUUUAUGCUUAAAAUAGUUACCUGCUGUCAAAGGAAAAAAGGGGGGAACUGACAAAAUGAGCAUUCUUUUGCCUGAUUUUUUAAAAAAGUUCCAUUUAGUAAUCUUGACUGCUCCUUGUAACAGUGCAGAACUCUGAAAUACUUCCACAAGGUUUUGCUACGCGUAGCAAGAAAUCAGUCAAGAAUAAUACCUUAAGCUUUUCGUUGUGUUUGAAAGUUUUACCUUGCAGAAAGCAUACAAGGCACGUCAGCACUGUUGCUUUUGCAGAAUAUAAUUCCGUGAGAAGAUUUCAUGAAAAGGCCUAAAGCCAGAAUAUUAUGAUACUUGCGAAAAAUGACUACAAAAGUAGUUGCUUGAAUAGUUGCACAUUUACAGGCCACUUCUAACUAUAAAUACUCAAAAGUCCCAUUGAUCUUGAUAGUAAUGACUUUCACGUACAAAUGGUUAUGACAUUUGCAAUAAGAAUUAAAAUGGUCCAUCUUUUUUCUUUUGCUAUUGCUUUUAGUGCAUGCAGGAGAUGGGAAAUACCAAGGCAAGGCUACUCUACGAAGCUAAUCUACCAGAGAACUUUCGAAGACCACAAACAGAUCAGUAUCCUUUGUGCACUGCCAUACUGGGAGAAGACAAUAGUAAUUUGAGUAUUAUUACAAUGUACAUGAUUAUAUUGUACCGUGCAUAGAGUGAUUAAAUUGAAAAGGAGUAAAAACAAGAAAAAAUACUGGAUGAUUGGUUUUCAGUGAAUUGUGAGACAGUUUUUAGUUUAUUCCAAAUAAUAAUAUAUUCAGAGAUAACAUUUGGUUAAAUACUGCUAAAUAUGUAGAAAUAUUACGAUAAAGAGCUUGGUCUAGUAGACCACUUUUAGUAGUGCAAAAAAAUAAAAUAAAUCACAAAUAAGCAUAACCCAGGUGACCUCUACCCCUGUCUUUGGUUGGAAAAUCUCUGAGGCAUCUCCCAUCCCUAUGUACCACUUCUGUACUGUGCUAGUGCAUGUGAACUAGUGAUGGUAACACAUUUUGGAAACAGAGUUUGGAAGGUAGUCCACUCAGUUCAGAGCCAGCACUAGCACCCAUCCAUUCUGACAUCAUGUAAAAUGGCUUUGUGGCACACCUCUAACAGUGUCUUUCCCCGACCUGUCUCCAAGUGUUACCAGAGUUGUGGAGGGGAAGGGAAAAUGUCAGACAACAGGGCUAGCUAAAACUCAGGGCUUUUAGUUCUAACUUACUGUAAUGAAGACUUCUGAACAUGCUUGGAACUAUAAAAACUGUUUUUGUUUUUUUAAAUUGCCCCUAGCCCAUUGAUAGCCAGCAGGGAAGCAUUAACUGUGCAUAGCAUAGGUGUGACUACAUUAGUCAAGAAAGUGCAGCUCCCUAACUUUUUCGAGUCUGAACUAGAAAAGUUGGGGGAAAUUUAAAGAGCUCUUUUUUUUUUUUUUUGCUUACUAAUGCUGAUCAUAUAGUCACUCCUCACAUGCAUUUUGAGAUGUAGUUCAAAAGAUUUUAUGCUAGAAGGCUCGAUGUAUUAAGGUGUGCUUAUAUGAAAUCAAGUAUUGAAUGAGACCUUGCUAAAAUACUAAUUAAAAUUGAAUGUGUGUGCUUCUAGCUUUAAAGAUCUUAUCUAGGAUAUAACUGGGAAUUAAAUGUUUUGUACUGUAAACCCUCUUUAGUUUGGUCUGUGUUCUGUCUUCCUUAAGUUAUCUGAUCUCAGAGCUGUGGAAUUUUUCAUCAGGGAUAAAUACGAGAAGAAGAAAUACUAUGACAAAAAUGCUGUUAAUAUCAGCAGUGUAAGUAAACGAUCGAUUUCUUCUGAAUUUUGGUUUAACAUGUGCAUGUUGUAAUAUAGUUAAAUUAUGCAUACUAUGACAUAUUUUAAGUGAUUGCUCCCCACCUCCACAGCCCACUGUGAUCCGCCUAACAAAGCUGCUCCUGGCAGUUGAUGGAUCCCUCUCGCAAGGCAUGGGAUAGGGCAUGGGGCAGCUGUAGCAGGAUGGGAAAUCAGAGGCAUUUUGGGCUACCCUGUGCAAGCCAGGAAGAACUUUCUGACAGUAAGAGCUGUUCAACAGUGGAACAGACUACCUCAGGAGGUGGUGGGCUCUCCUUGCUUGGAAUUUUUAAAGUAGAGGUUGGACAACUAGCUGUCAUGUAUGCUUUAACUGAGAUUUCUGCAUGGCAGGGAGUUGGACCAGAUGACCCCCAGGGUUCCUUCCAACUCUACAAUUCUAUGAUUCUGUGAUUCCUCCCCUUCCUGUCACUUCUGCAGUCACUGCAAUCCAUCACUGUGCAUGGAUUUUAACAAGUGAACAGGACACUUGCUUACGAAUUAUGUGGUAUCACAACACCAUGUGAUUUACAUGCUGUGCUUGUUCUACCCACCUGUCAAAAUUGACCACUAAGGGCAAAAAAAGUUUCCCUGCUGACAUAUUAUAAAAGACCAACCCUGUCAGUACAGAGACAGGAAAAAUUAUCAUUAAUCAUAAAAUUGGUGUUAAUGACUUGCAUGAAAAAUAAAGUACUGUACCAUGCCCACAAGCUGAGGAGCUCUUAGGGAGAAUGAAGAGGAAUGUGAUUGAAACCUGCUGUCAAGUAUUUGUGACUCUAAACUGAUGGGUGGGGUACUGAUAGAUGUUCCUUCAAGGCUCACGAGAACCUUUGCUACUGAAAAGAACUUGGGCAUGUAAACUCAUUAACUGUAAAAUGGAAAUUGCUUUGCUGAAUCAGAACAGGGAUUCCUAUAGCCAAGCAUUGUAUCCCCUGACAGUGGCCACCAAUUUGCAUGGCUGAGCUGGCAAUCCUUUGUUAUGAUCAGAGAUAUACAGUUUUAACAUUCAGCUCUGCUGUUAUGGCUAAGUACCAUACUUCCAGGAAUCCUUCUAGACCUUCUGAGAAGUCAUUUGACCUAGUGAGCACUUGCUAUUCUCAUGGCAAUGAACUCCAUAAGUUGUUUAUGUGUUGCCUUGUUGACCACCUUCAUUCACACCAAGCUCCUUUUGGGAGGGGGGUAACUUGAAAUGCAAAUAACAUAUAUUUUUGCUACCUGUCUGCUUGAAGGUAGGCAGUGUGGCUCUACCUACAGAAGGCAUCCCUAUAUUCCUCUGCCUGAAAUCAGUAUUGGAAUUUUGCUGUGCAGUGAUCUAUAUCAGCCCAUUGAUCAUAUUACUACAACUUUUACUUGGCGGACUGACCUUGACCUUUUAAAAAUCCUAAUACACCAUUUUAAAAGAUAAUAUUAAUUUGCUUUUGGGAUCCAACAGAUUCAUUAUAAUCCUAGCUGAAAAUAAAGUUGCCUAUUCAAAAUGACUUUAGUUUAACAUUUUUUUAAAAAUUUUUUUUACUAUUUUCACAUUCCAAAAAAAAUAGCCCCAAUUUGCUUGUAAUGCUAAGCCAAGUUAUUACUUAGUGAGAACAAGCAAGUGACCUUGAGGAGCAAAGUCACCAUGAUUCUUGUUCCGGGUACCAACUUGCUUGCUCAUUCUUGCUAAGCCGUUGUUUGACUUACCCUGUGGCCUUAUUCUCACGUAAUGCUAAACCAAAAGCUGUUUGGGUACAUUGGACCUCACAGUGUUAAUUUAAAUGCAUCUUAGGUCUAACAAAAUGCCUUGGGGGAUAAAAUGGAAUUGUUCAUAGGUGAAAUGCUGGACUCGGAAGAGAAACCAAAGAAACCAGUGUUGCAAAUUUGCCAUACGAUAAAAACUGCUCCUGGGCUGGGGUCCAGCAUAGCCCAGCAGUGUUUUGUAAUUUUUUAUACAUAUAUACUCACAGGGUUGUGGACAUAAAAAAAAAACCAUUUAGUGCUCUUGAAGUGGAAUAAUCACAGCAAAAUAGAAUUUUUCAUAUAGACAAACUGCUAAGUUAUGUUCCUACCCACAACAAAUGGUUUGUGAGAGUUAAAUAUUAAAAAUAGUUUGUAGUAAUCAAAGAAUAGAAAAUACAGAGUAACAAUUUGAGAGUAGAAAUAAAGUGAAGUUGUUAAAGCAUUGUGGUUCCAAGUGUUACAAUGAGAUGUUGCCCGCAGAAUUUUUAACAUCACGUGUGGCUUAUGGGGCCUCUUAGUAAUGUCAAGAGUUGGCCGUUGUUUAUUUAGAGAGGCGGUUGCUCAGUGGUGGAGAACAUGCUUUGCAUGCAGAAAGUCCCAGCUGUGGCGCUGUCUUGCCUGCCUAGUUUCUGGAGAUAACUGAAAAGCUUGGGCUGAUGGAUUUGGCAUUUCAAGGCUCCUACACCUCUACUUUGCAGGAGCUCAAAAGUUUAUUACUAACAGGUAACAAUGGGCUUUCUUAGGCCUUCUGAUUGCGACUGCUCUUUGGGAGUUUAUGGAAAUUUCUGAAAAUACUGCAGUAAAUUUCAAGGUAUAAUUGCAUCUGCUCAUAAACAAGCUGAAUAAUACUUUGUUGAAUGCUGAAAAUACCCUGCUGAUUACAGGUGUAUGUAGAAAUUCUCAAAAGACUAUACAAACUGCAUUAUAAUACACCCGGCAGUUUAUGGUUAGAAGGCUGUUCCUUAUUAACGAAUAUUUUUUCCUUUACUGUUUUGAAAUGGAGUGCUUUAUUUGAAAGUUAUACAUUUAGAGUUCUGAGUUAUUUUGCUUCAAUCUUUAAAUAAAUAAUUCUGUUAGAAUGAGCAAGAACAAAGACGCCUUUGCCUCCUUCCCCUUCCCCAUGGGACAGUGUUCAUUUUCAGUUUCAGGACAUUAAUAUUUCAGCAGUCACACUGGAUAAAACUGAACAAUGGAUGAAAUGUAAUUAUUUUCCCUCGUGCUUGUGAUGUGAUCUUAUCCAAGUUCAUUUCUUAUUUUAUAUUCUGGUGAAUUCAUCCAUAAAGCAUUCACUAUUGAUUUUUUUAAAAAAUUGCCUUUUGAAAAGGCUAUAGUAAAAUUUUACAAAAGAUGAAGAGGUAACUGCAUGUAAUUUGCAUGUAAUGCUAAGCCCAAACCACAGCUUAGUGCGAAGAAGUGAAUGUGGAGGUGCCAGUAGAGGAGAUGGCAGCAGCUUUGCUCCUCCUUGGUUGUUUUUCUGCUGUGCCGUCCUGAGCUGCAGUUUGACUUAGUGCCAUCUGAACCUGGACUCCCUCCAGACAGCGGCAGAGCAUAUGCCUGUGCCGCCCAGGGCAGGCGCGCUCCCGAGGGGGGCGUGGCGCAGAGGGUGCCCGCCCAGGUGCGGGAUAGCUGCUUGGGUGCCCUGCAGCUGGGGGCGGAGUGAGCCGCCCAUGGUGGACAUUCAGUGUGCCGCCUGCCCGCAGCUCCCAAGCCUCCCUCAAUCUGUCAAAAUGAAGGUGGAAGGGGGGAAUGCCACUGGCAAAGCAGCGCAGCUCCCCCCUCUUACCCCGGUGGCUCGGGGUAGGCUUGGCAGUCAUAGGCGGGCGGCACACCAAAUGUCACCACCCUCAGUAAGGGCACCUGGGGUGGUCCACCCCCACCCCCCUUCUAUGCCCCUGCCUCCAGAAAAACCAUGAGCUGUAAAUCAUAGGACAGCGUAUGGCCUUUUUUGAGAGAGCUAAACCAUGAACCUGUGUUUGGAUGAUAUGUUAAACCAAAACAUUCCCUAGCUGAGUGCAGCAACAAAAUGACGAGGGAGCAAAGCAGCUGCAUUCUCUUUUCUAGGAGCUUAUUUUGCACUAAGACACUGGUGGCGCUUUGGUCUAAACCACAGAGCCUAGGGCUUGCCGAUCAGAAGGUCAGCAGUUUGAAUCCCCGCAACGGGGUGAGCUCCCGUUGCUCUGUCCCUGCUCUUGCCAACCUAGCAGUUCAAAAGCAUGUCAAAGUGCAAGUAGAUAAAUAGGUACUGCUCCAGCGGGAAGGUAAACGGCGUUUCCGUAUUCUGCUCUGGUUCGCCAGAAGCGGCUUGGUCAUGCUGGCCACAUGACCCGGAAGCUGCAUGCCGGCUCCCUCAGCCAGAAAAGCGAGAUGAGCACCACAACCCCAGAGUCAUCCGCGAUUGGACCUAACGGUCAGGGGUCCCUUCACCUUUACCUAUGCUUUGCAAACCAAGCCAGCAUGUACUCUUCUGCACAAUUGUUAAAUUUUGUGUGCUUUAGUUAAACAGCUAGGUUGGUCUGAGGAAGUAUUCUGAAUUCUCAUUGGUCUUCCUUGAAACGCUUAAUGUUUUCAGUAGCGAAGUUAACCAAAACAUGUAGUCCUCAAAAUGCAUACAUUUUGUGUCGCUGAUUUCAUCUCUGUUCUGCCUUGUCUGUAUUUCAUCUGUAUCUUCUGAUAAAUGAGAAAGAGCAGAGUAAACUGAUGGUUAUUCUGUAGUCUUAGUGAAAUCUGCCUUGGCUCCUUUUUCUCAUCUUUCAUCUGCUUUGUACAGAUGUCUUCCUCUGAUGCUUCUCAACCUCUGGCAUCUUCUCCUUCUCUGCAAGCUGCUUCUGAGAAAAACAAAAUAGAGGUAUCUCCUCUUCCUUGUGUGCUUGUUGCAUGCAGAUGCUUUCUACAUUGAAUUUGAAUAAUGUUGAAAAGUAUUCUCUAGGCCAAUCCCAUGAUUUGUCUGUAAACAUUUUAAUUUAAACCACAAGUGUUAUUGUACCCCUCCUUUAAGGUAAACUGAAGAGAUCCAUUCAGCUAAACUUAACUUGCAUGUUUGAGAGUUGAGGUGGUGGUUAUGGCAAUAUCCCACGUGUUUCCUGUUCUUUUACAAUAGUAUAUGGAGUUUGCUCUCGUUGUUUGGUCCCAGCUCCUGCCAACCUAGCAGUUCGAAAGCAUGUCAACGUGCAAGUAGAUAAAUAGGUACUGCUCCGGCGGGAAGGUAAAUGGCGUUUCAGUGCGCUGCUCUGGUUCGCCAGAAGCGGCUUAGUCAUGCUGGCCACAUGACCCGGAAGCUGUACACCGGCUCCCUUGGCCAAUAAAGCGAGAUGAGCGCCGCAACCCCAGAGUCGGUCAUGACUGGACCUAAUGGUCAGAGGUCCCUUUACCCUUUACCUUUGUGGAGUUUUGAUACCUUUCCACAGUUAGUGCAGGUGUAAUGCUACACUGUUUUGAGGCUUGACAAGACAGGGGAUGGUACUGAAACCCAAUUUCAUUGUCCUCCUAGGGUACUUUAAAUUACCCGGGUAAGACCGCUACCAUUUAUCAGGAAUUUGAAUUGCUGUGAGACACAGUCAGAUUAUGACAUUGAACUAUUACAUCUGAAGAAAAUAUUUGAGAGCUUAGUGUGAUCCUGCAAUCCUCAGUGAGUGUCUUUUUGAAAUCUAUGCAUUUGUCUCAAGAGCCAGACGUUGUGAAAGACAUAAGCAGCAACAAGCAAGUAAAAAAAGUCUUGGCCUAAGAGCAACCAAUAUCUGCCUCUUCAACAGUCAGUUCCAGGCCAGGCAAUUCAGCUGCUAAGUGGCCAUUGGAACAUCAAAGAACAAGGGAGACCACUUAAGUACACUUUUACCCUGUUACAGUAACUAUUGUAUUAUUUAUUUUAUUGUAUUUGCAAUACAUUUUCCGCCAGUUUCGGAGCUUCAGCUAAAAGGCAAGGUAUAAAUAUGCCUAAGUAAAUUAACAUUAUCUUGGAUGAAACUAUGGCUGUCAGUGUUUUAAAUGAUUAUCGUAUCUAAAACUGAUAACAGAACAUCUUUCCCACAGAAGGAAAAGGAAAAAAGGAAGGAAGAGAAAAAGAAAGAUAGAGAGCCAGAAAAACCUUUGAAAUGCUUAGGAGUUGAAAAAGUAAGCUAAUUUUUUCUCUUACUAAAAUAUAUUUUUUGUGUAUAUUGCUAUUUGUAAUGUGUGUUUAAAAUGCAUGAAAUAGAAGUCAUUUGAAUAAUUUUGAAAGCUUAAAUAUGACACUGCUACCUAGCAGCAUGAAUUGCAUGGAAAUCUCAGCUGGAAAUACUAAUGAGACAAAAAAAGCUCAUGACAGCUUCCAUCAAAUGUAUCCACAAGAGGAAAGAAACUUCCAUUCUCUCAUUCUCGGAUGGCCUUGGGUCUCUUCUUCAGCUGCCUUUUCGUGCUAAUAAUAGCUGGCACAGGUUAUCUGGAAAAAGAGAGUGAUUUGCUGUGCCUUUUAAUAAGAGGGAGCUUGGCUUGCAUAAGAUGACAGUAUAGCAGGGUUCCAAAUCUGUUUUAAAUCAUCCUGUACAGCCAACUGUUGCCAAUUGCUCUUUUAGUUUUCUAGAGCGUUGUGAAUUCUUCAGGGACAGUUAUUGUUUUAACCUUGUACAGAGAAAUGUACUAGAAAUUAAUGGAGGCAUGGAAGCUACCCUAUUCUUUGAUCUGUACAUGGGUACUAAUUUGAUCAAAGCAGUGUGUUUAGUUCAACUUAUGGGAAUGCAGUGAGUUCUAAGAUGCUGUUGUUUUAUUGUGAAGCACCCCCUUUUCGCUCCUAUUGAUGCUAUUAAUAAAUAAAAGGAUUAUUUUUGUCCAGAAGAAAACCAGAGGAAUGAAGAGUGCGGAGAUUUUUUGUCAAAAGAAUUGCUCUUUAAGUUUUGAAAUAGAACAUGUUUUACUACUGGAAGCGAUAGUCUAUAGAUUCCUGAAGGAGUGAUGGCUGAUCUUUUAUUUUGAGCCUUUGUAUCCAAGACCAGACCUCUUUUGAUAGCACAGUGGUACCUCAUUUAAGAACAAUCCGGUUUAAGAACGAUUUGGUUUACAAACUUUGCAAAACUGGAAAUAGUGUCUUGGUUUGAGAACUUUUCCUCGGUCUAAGAACAGAAUCCGAACAGUGGAAGGCCACCAGCGGCAAGAGGCCUCAUUAGGGAAAGCACGCCUCGAUUUAAGAAUGGUUUUGGUUUAAGAACGGACUUCCGAAACGGAUUAAGUUUGUAAACCAAGGUACCACUGUAUUGGGAACUUCCUGCCAAACUAGGCAAAUAAUCUUAACUCAGUAUUUACAGUUAACCCAUGUCACUCCUACUGUAGUUAGGGUUUUGUUUCCUAUCUCUCAGUUAACCUACAGUAUACAGUCAUACCUCGGGUUAAGUACUUAAUUCGUUCCGGAAGUCCGUUCUUAACCUGAAACUGUUCUUAACCUGAAGCACCACUUUAGCUAAUGGGGCCUCCGGCUUCUGCCGCACCGCCGGAGCACGAUUUCUGUUCUCAUCCUGAAGCAAAGUUCUUAACCCUAGAUACUAUUUCUGGGUUGGCGGAGUCUGUAACCUGAAGCGUAUGUAACCUGAGGUACCACUGUACAGCCAUUUUUUUCACACCCUGUAUAAGAUUUUUAGCUCAGCUUGUCCUCCUCUCCCAUAGAUGCUGCAGUCACUAAGCAGUGCUUGAUGUUACACUGAAGCAGGGCAAGCAACUGCAUGAACGACUUGUGUAUCUGCUCUUUGUUCUUCUUAUGCAGGCCUAAGAACAUAGGAAGUUGUCUUAUACUGAGUCAGACCAUCUAUAUCAGUGUUGUUUUCUACACUGACUGGCAGCAGCUCUCCAGAGUUUCAGACAGAAAUCUUUUCCAGACAUCUUUACCUACCUGGAGGUGCCAGGGAAUUCAUGUUCUUUACCACUGAGCUGCAGCCCUUCCACAAAUCUUGAUUGGGGUCUGUGUACAUGUGUCUUUUGUGUUUGCAGCCUCUUGAAGGAAUUACACAUAUUUGCUGUCCAUGACCCUUUCCCAUAUCUUGUUGGGGAAAUCAUAGGCACUCCCAACCCCAUCAGAAAGUGGGAGUAGACUUGGGAUACCAAAUCCAAUGAUACGUGGAACAGUGCAGAUGGAGCAGUGUCUGCAUUGGAACUCCUUUCCCUAAAUUCAGAACUGUGUGCUGGAAUGGUCCCAGUUCAGCCAUCCAUGCUACAGGUUUCUCUUUCCCUUGUUUCCCUUUCACUAGCGUGAAUUGCUAGGAUAGUGAAGGACUUAUAUUGUGCUCCUGCUGAACCAAGGAGGCAUAAAGUGAGAGAGAGGUGAGAUAGAGACAGAAAUGGAGCAAACACACAUAUUUUUUAAUGAAAGAAGGAAAGGGUGUGUGAGAGAGUAGGAUGAAGAAAGAAAAAUGGAAGUAAACAGCAGCUUCAGACUUCAGGUUUGUGAAGAUUAGAAUGUGGUUAAGGUUAGAUAUGGUAAGACCUCUGGGAUGAAGAAAGAGGUGAUAGCUGAGAGAUGGGGCAGACAAAGAUGAUUGUGCCUGGGGAGGGGGGGAAAGGGUAGCCUCUAUGAUCUGGAAAAAGAAAGUGCCGCUAGGAAAUGGGGCUGCAAAUGUUUCAGUAUUAGAAACAGAAAAGGGGAGCGAUACAGAUGGACAUGCAGACUGUGAUGGUACAGAAGGAAAAGGCAUCCUAUUGAGUAAGCAGAGCAUGCCAAGAAGUGAAGAUGGGAAUAAAGAGGCUUAAGAGAAAGAUUUCAUGGUAUGGGUUACAAGGAAAAAGGAGGCUGGAUUAAACACGAAAUUAAAAUGACAACAGAAAUGCUUUCCAGUGAUUAUUCAGUUAACAUAGAAGUUGCAUUCAGAGUGAUUAGACUUUCUGCAUCCCUUUUCUAUAGCUAACAAUUGUUUUCUCCUCACAGUGGGAUGCAGACAGCAUAUGCAUCUCACUGCAGGGAAGAUUGUGGCAUGCAUGCCCUUCCAAUGUUUCACCAGGGAUUAAAAUCAUAUGUGCAAGAUCACUCAUACAUUGCCUUUCCCUCCUUCAGCAAAACUUCAAAGCCAUUCCUCAUUAUGUUGAAAUUAGCUGUAACAAUGUUUGGUGUUUAUAUAUUUUGUUUUAUUACAACAAAUACAUUCAGGUUUUUCUUUUUCUUUUUAAAAUUAUUGUGUAUACAUUUUCCAUUUUUCUACGUACACACAUUUUACCAUCAUACAUAAAUUUUGUUCUGAUUUCCCAACCUUACCUUCAAUGUUAUUCUUAACAAACUAGGCUGGAGUAACAAACAGAUAUGCAGCAAAAGAUAUGCAGCAAAAGAUGUAUCUCACCUUUGUAGUGAGGGAGGGCUAAAAAAAACAUUCAUUAUCAUGAUAAAAUUUGUGUUCUCUGAAUCUUGGUUUGAGUGGCAGUUCUUGUUCACGCAGCAAUUAUGGAUACUAAAAGAUUAAGUGACAGCUUAAAGGCAAAUAAAAUUAAUUUAUGUGGCCAGUAAUCAUAGCAUCGUAGAUUGGCUUCUGGCAGUGAGGGUCAGAACAAGUUACAAGCUUUUUAAUAAUAUGAACUGCAAAUCUGCAGUCUGAUGGAGUGAAACAAUUGCUGGUAAUUAUCAUAGUUGAAUACAUUUACAGAGAACAACAGCAGUAUAUAUAGCUUAUAUAAGGAGAUGGGAGAGGGCUGGAUUUUUUUUAUCACUAAACAUGCAUGUUCAGUAUUCAUUCUCUAUUCUCCAAAAGAAUGUGUAACCAAUGAAGGCAAGACAAAAGAAUUUCCAUGUUUACCAGAGCAGAGGCCCAUAAAAUAUGCUGUCCAGGCUGCUUAAUAGUCCAUAAAAUGUUUUGAACAGCCAGUGUAAUCCUAAGAAAUCCAUGCUUCUAGCCCUUAUAGUUUGACAGUGUCUUGGCUGGUGGGGUGGGGAGGGAGAAAGUUCUAAUAUUUAAUCUAUAUAUCAGCCUAUCCACAAGUCCCCAUCUCCAAAAGAAUCUUUAGUCAUCUAUCAACAGAAAAUUGCCUACCACUCUGGUAUGGGGCCAAAGUGCUCUAAGAAAGCCACACAAAUACCUGCUGGAACUUUUAAGCAUGACAUCAUUUUCAAGUGGGAAAAAAGUUAAGUUGUCCUCUCAUAUUUUUUUUGCAGUUCCUCUGCAGCAUACGUUGUCUCAAUUUCUAGAAUAAUAUGCAGUGGGGAGGGAUGAGAGUUGUGUGGCUUUAUAGACUAAUACCUAAAGACCUUCAGCUGCCAAUAAGCAGCCUGUCCAUCUUUUAUUCCUCCAGAAGCUGUGGCUUUUCCAGCAGUGGUGAUUUAUAUGGCUUUCAACUUACCACUGAGACAAGGAUCUUGAAAAACUAAGUUAAAAUAUUCCUUCAUUUUCUCCACUGAGGUUGAAAAAUACUUCUUUUUGUAACCAUCUUUUCAGCUUUUAUGGAAGUAAAUUAUGUAUUAAUUCUACAUAAUACCAUCAAAGGUAGUCCAACUAGAAAGAUUUCCUUGCUUAUUGAUUCUCAUUUUGGUUCUCUGUAGAGUUAUUACAGUUUAACUGCAUCCAUUAGAAUAUAUUUGAAAAGUGUUCAUAGUGAAAUUCAUAGGCUGCAUUGCCUAGCUGUUCUGGUGUGUUAUUAAUACAGUCCAAUGAAUGCAUGACAUUUUUCUAACACUUUGCUCCUUAAUGUCUGUGGGUCAGAGAAGGCUCUGAGAAUGACUUUUGUUAUCCAGGAUGUGUUGUGAAAUCAUUAAUUCCCAUGUUGGACACUGCAAAACAAAUAACUGCUCAAGCCUGCUUGGCACAUCUUAUAUUGAUCAAUUGCCUGCUUUUGUGCUAGCCUAGAAAGAAACAAGGAAAGAAAACUGAAUGCUGAUAUUUCCUCCUUCUUUUUGAUGAUUUAUAAAUAAAAUAAUGACAGCAUAACCAUUUAUGGAUGGAAUUAAAUGAGCAAGAGGUGAUGAAACAACAAAAAUGGAUUGAGGAAUGUUAAGCCUGUAGUUAGGAAAAGUAUAUGGGUUUACCUUUAAAAUCAUGCAGACCCAGCUGUGUGGAUUUAUUUAGAUAUUUUAAAACAUUAUUUUAAGCUCUUCACUUAAUGGUCUUAAUAUGGUGGUAUUUCCAGAAGUGCAUGGAUAUAUUGUGGUUUUGUGGCAUAUUGCUGUAACUGCAUCAGUAAUUGAGUCUGUGGGAAAGAAUAUCAAGAAGGCCAAGACGCUGGUCAUUGGAACAUAGGUAGAGUUCUAUCCCAGCAUAGUUCAGACAGGAUGCUGGACUGGAUGAGAUGACAGCCAUUUAAUACAUUUUCAUUAACUCAAGGGCCACACUGGUUUACAUUAACUACCCAGCAGCAUCUCCUAGAUGGUAGCCCUUCUAGGAGAAGGAAAACUGAUCCUAAACCUCUGCUGCUUUGUGGGAUAUCUUCAGUAGAAGAAAAAAGCAAAGGUGUAAAUCCUAUACAAAUCUGGAGUGGAGCCCCUAAGAUGGUUGGAUGGUGCAUUGUACGCCUCCUUCUACUGCAGCCAAGCUGGUGCCAAACAUACUGCUCUGCUUUCCUUUGGAUCACAUCAGUGGGGUCUUCUCGUCUGGGCAUCCAGGGAGAUCCAUACUCACUGGCUAGGCUUGCAUUCUGGGGCGGUCACUUUGAUGCUGCUAACACAGCGGUUUGACUUCACCCCGGAGGCACAGUUCAUUGUCUCUUAAGACAGACGGAUGCCAACAUUCUGAUAUGAUGCUUUGAAGAUAAAUCUGAUCAUGUGCCCCAGAAUUAGUAGAUGCUUGCAUUGAUGGACACUAAUACGUAGCAGAUUUAUGAUUAGAUUAAUUAAUUAAUUAAUUAAUUAAAUUGCUAGGCUGAGUCUUUUGCAGGAUUCUACUAAAAGAUGAGAAAACUCAAAUGGUUUUAUAAGGAACUGACUUAUGUCUUAACAUAGAUGCAUAAAUAAGAAUGUAUGGUGCAUAAUGUAAGAUGAAUGUGUUUCCUACUCAAAGCAACAGCUUUGGUCACCUAGGGCAAAUAGCUAUUAGUUUUAUUCCAGUGGGUUUUUAAAUUCUGCAUUUAUACUUUUAAGUUAUUUUUAGUCUUAUUGUAUCUCCUGUAUACCACUUAGAGAUGACUGAUUAAGCAGUAUACAAAUCAUCGAAAUAAAAAACAAAAUAGUUUGUCCCAUGUGUAAAGACUUCCAUUGUAAGUGGACAUAUGUGAUGCCAGUAUAUUUUAAGAUAUACCUGAGUUUAUAUAUUGCUGUAAUUUGGAUAUGGGCAAAUCACGGGUUGUUCAUACACAAGUUAGUUUACGUACUUUAACUUUCAGCUCAAGUUUUCAUUAAAUAGUAGUGUUCUCUGCCUAUUUUAAUGUAUUCUUAAUCUGUACAGAUAAGAAGCAAUAAAUUAAGUAAAUCAAGGCAAGAAACAUGUAAGUGAACAAUAGCUAAGUAGAAUUUGGAACAAGGAAUGUAGCUAAUGAAAACUUGGAGAAUAGGUGUGUUCAAUUCUAUAAGGAAAAUGUUCCUUUUAAAACACUUUAGCAUCCAGUAAAUACAGUGGUACCUUGGGUUAAGAACUUCAUUCGUUCUAGAGGUCCAUUCUUAACCUGAAACUGUUCUUAACCUGAAGCACCACUUUAGCUAAUGGGGCCUCCUGCUGCCGCUGCGCUGCCGGAGCACAAUUUCUGUUCUCAUCCAGAAGCAAAGUUCUUAACCCAAGGUACUAUUUCUGGGUUAGCGGAGUCUGUAACCUGAAGCUUAUGUAACCCGAGGUACCACUGUCCUUUCCCAAACCUUGGUCAAGGAUGGCUUCCUUGAAGAAGGGGAAAAUAUUUUUCUUCCACAGUGGAGUGGAUAUUUUCCUCUUUCCUGGUAGGCAGUUUUAUAUAUCACUCGAGAAAACAUAGGCUUGUACAUAAUGCCAAACAAAUUAUUUUCUUUUUAUUGCUAGUUAUGUAGAACCUGGGGUGAAACCUCAGCGCCUAGGACUUGCCGAUCACAUGGUCGGCGGUUCGAAUCCCCACGGCGGGGUGAGCUCCCGUCGUUCGGUCCCAGCUCCUGCCCACCUAGCAGUUCAAAAGCACCCUUAAGUGCAAGUAGAUAAAUAGGUACCGCUUUAUAGCGGGAAGGUAAACGGCGUUUCCGUGUGCUGCUCUGGUGCCGGUUCGCCAGAGCAGCUUCGUCACGCUGGCCACGUGACCCGGAAGUGUCUGCGGACAGCGCUGGCUCCCGGCCUCUAGAGUGAGAUGAGCGCACAACCCUAGAGUCUGUCAAGACUGGCCUGUACAGGCAGGGGUACCUUUACCUAUGUAGAACCUAGUCGAGAACCUAGAGCACAAGUUAGAUAAUGGUUCAUGUUUAUUGACAGCUGAUGCAGUCAUUUGUAUUUAGGGCUGUUUCUAAAAAGGAACCCAAAGGAUUUGUAUUGCUUCUUUAAGCAGCAUUUAUAUUCAUGAAGGUCACUCACCCAAACACAUAAUUAGCAAUAAAAAGAAGUGCCUGCUCCUUUAGAGAAGAACCCCAUCCAGCCACAGCAGGCAAUUGGCCAGGCUUCUGGUCAUGGGAGUGACCUACCCACAAAAUCUCAAAUCUUCCCAGGAUAUAAUCUCAGUUGAUUGGUUCUCGUUUACUCCACCACUGCAUUCAAGAACUGCUUCAGUGCUUGCAUUGCCUCUCCUGAUUCAGAUAUUAUGGAGAAAUAAAGAAAUGUUAACUGACAAGGUUGCACUAGUACUAUACAUUUAUAUAUUUUGUUAACAAAAAGGGCUGAAAGGUGUGUUGAACAGCUUUUUCAGAUGAGAAGCUUCAGCAUGAGUAAUAGCUUUUUUAAAAUGCAUGCUUAUUGAAGUAAGUGGUAUGAAAAGGGCAUAUGAGCUGUCAGAGAAAAAUAUCUGCAGGCCCACUGAAGAUUUAUAGAAAAUUGCUAACAUUACUUUCUUGCCUUAAGGGAGUUCUCAAAUGUUUAGGCAAUCAUUUAUAAACGUUAUUGCCAUCAGUGCAAUAAAGGGGGAAUGAAUCCAGUUACUUUUCUAUAUAAACAUAGUUUGUUCUUAAUGAGAGUAGAAGAAGGUUUUGUUCAAUAAUUUGGGAAGCCUUAAAUUAGUUCCAAACUUAGUAGAAAUCAACCUUAAAUAUUUUAAAGAAAGCUUUUUGCAGUACCACAUUAGAAGACGAACUUAUUAGAAGAGUUCUUAUUAGAGGCAAAAUGUUUAAAGCAAAUUAGACAUCGAAUGAGCAUCUAAAUUUUGACUUUGAAUUUGGUAAACUACAUUCUGUCACUUCCUGGCUGUUUCUAAAGUGACUAUUAUUAUUUCUUAAAUGCCAGUGAAAAAUAAUCAUAACUUUAAAGGUAAAGGGACCCCUGACCGUUAGGUCCAGUCGUGGACGACUCUGGGGGUGCGGCGCUCAUUUCGCUUUACUGGCCGAGGGAGCUGGUGUACAACUUCCGGGUCAUGUGGCCAGCAUGACUAAGCUGCUUCUGGCAAACCAGAGCAGUGCACUGAAACGCCAUUUACCUUCUCACCGGAGCAGUACCUAUUUAUCUACUUGCACUUUGUGCUUUCGAACUGCUAGGUUGGCAGGAGCUGGGACUGAGCAACGGGAGCUCACUCUGUCGCUGGGAUUCAAACCACCAACCUUCUGAUCGGCAAGCCCUAGGCUCUGUGGUUUAGACCACAGUGCCACCCGUGUCCUUACUAAUCGUAACUUUAGAGAAUACUUAAUUUGUACUUGGAUAUGAGAACUUUCAGUACUGGAAUGAAGCUUAAUCCAGGCAAGGCAAAGGUACUAAUGAUCAGUAGAAAUGCUGCCUUGGCAUUGGAAGUAAAACUUGUUCUGGACAGGGUUGUGUCCCAGUGGAGUUUAGACUGGUCUCUUUUGUUUUUUAGGAGUGAGGUUAAGACAUGUUCAUUUCACCAACUUUUAGUCUUAAUACCUAUGGAGUUUUUUGCUUUCUUUUGUUUUAAUGGUCUUAGGCUCUUAAUGCUCUCCAUUUUAAAAUAUAUUGAGAUUUUACUGUUAGUAAAAGAGAGUAGGGAACAGUAUAAUCAUAUAAGCGGCUUACAGUUACUGAAGCAUACCAUUUUAUGUUACUCAGCCCAGCACUCAAAUUGGUUGAAAAUCACUGCGAUUUCAGCUCAAAUUUAGCACCAUUUCACCAAGUGAAACCAGCCAUUUUAUUUGUAGCUCUUUGUAGCACUCCUCCCCCUCACUCUUUCUCUCGCUGAAUAUUUAGCGUUAGGUUAGUCUGGAAAAUUUUAGAAAAGUUUUUUUUUUUUAAUGGCCAGUUUUACUGUUUUGCUUCUACAACAGACUUCUGCUUGCACAUUAGAAUUUCCCCCUCUCCUCUCCCCAAAGCUUCCCAUGUACCAUCCACAAGGUUGAGGAACCCUCUGGAUAAGUUUUUGGGGCCAUGCAGGGAGAGGAGAGGAAGGGUAAAUCCAAUUGCAUGAGCAGAAAGCCACUCGUGCUGUACUGGAUACAACCCUUGAGUUCCACACACAUUUUUGGGGCUGCCACUGCUGAAUAACGCACAGUCGCUCUACCUGCUCUGUACUGUUGUUGAUACCAAAGCUAAUAAAAGAAAGGUUCUGAUAGCCUUAACUUUACUAGAGUUAAAACAUUGUAAAAUUGAUUUUCUGCAGAGGUUUGGGAUAUAGACUGCCCUAUGUGAUAGAAGGCCCGGUGGAUUACAUUCAAGUUGUCUAAAGGUUCAUUUGAAAUAAUCUGGACAUUAUCUGGUCUUAAGUAUAAUAUUUUUACACCUUAAAUCUUACUUUUUCACUGUGAAGCCUGUAUUGGAUCAAUGAACUCUUGCGAGCAGCUUUAAAUAUCUCCUGUGGUGCUGGCAGCAAGGACAUGUUGAACUUAGAAGAGCAAUUAUCAUAGGGAGCAGUAUGUGGCUUGACUACAUUAUGUUGUUCUACUGACGAUCGGUAUUUUUCGAUUCUCUGGAAGAAUUGUAAUGGCAAGUUCUAUAAUGCUUUUGUUCUCCAGCUGCCAUGAUCAGUUCCAUAUCCUAGUAAAUUAAUCCUUGGAGUUGUAUAAACCCAGCCAAGUAUAUACAACUAUAUUAAUUGGCAAUAUUAUUAUUCUAGGUUUAUUAAGGUUCAAACUAAGCAGGGCUCCCUGCCCCCAUUUAAUUAACAUGUUAUUAUAGUAGGACUUUUUCUUGUUGCAGUAAAAUAUAAUAAUAUUGUGUGGCAUGGCAUAUAUUUUUUUUAAAAAAAUACUAAAUUCGUAAGCAUACCAUUUAACAGAUUUGCUUUAGACUUUUCAUCAAACUAGGUGUUGCACCCUUCUUCCUCUCAACUUGGUUCAUUGAAUGGGUGCAAUGGUUGAUCUGUUCAAGCUCCAAAUCGAUAAUUUCAUUUACUUAAUAUAAUUUCUUAAUUGUCAUAUUGAUGCUUCAGUUGAAGGAGCACUGUGUUUGAGGUGGUUUGAAUAUUUUCUCUAUGAUGUUAGAUAUGUAAUGUCCAUUCACACAUGUAACAACAUAGUGCUUGUGAUAAAUAAAGCCACUUGUCUGUAAGAAUAUGAAAAUUGUCCCAAGCUUCUUUUCAGUAUUUUUAUCCAUUUCCUGUAAUCUGACUGGAAUGCACGGUAAUAUCAUCAAGUUUAAAAUCUUCCUUGGAGGCCCUGUUUCACAUGCCCUUUUUCACUGAAGUAUGGUUGGUGGUGAUAUGGUAAUGCCUUCUUAAGAGUGCUGCCAAAUUUAUCAAACCCUUCCCUGUCACUUACGGCAGUUACCCAAGGUGGUGGCAUUCGUUUGCUCUUCAGAGUACUAUGACUGGCUUAAUUUUGCUCCUGCUGUUGAUGUUUCAGAUGUCUGGAGGUGUUGCUGCCAGUUUUAAUUAUACUGCCUGGACUGUUGCUUUUAAUGUAUUAUUUUAGCGAUUGUUGGGUGCCUUGUAGAUUUUUAAAUAAAAAGGCAGCACAUAAGCAUUUUAAUAAUAGCAGUUGCUUCAUCUACAGACACCCCAUGCUUCCUAAAGGGUUUGCUUUACAACUGCAGUGUUCAGGCUUUCAGUUUAAUAUAAUGUAGAUAUGGAUUAUGGUAAAUAUUAAUUUUCAAAAAUAUAAAUUCUCAAAAAUACAUAAUUUUCUCUGCCCUUUGCAGGAAGUUGUAUAUCUGUUUUCGACUUCUUGAAACUGAUCUCCACUGAUUGGUUUAGCUGAAUUUACUCUGAUUCUAACUUUAUUAUUUUUUUAAAAGAUGGAUUUUUAAUUUUUGUUGUAAGUUUUAUUGGUUUUAUAUUGUAUACCACCAUGUGACAUUUGGAUGAAGGACACUUUAGAAAUAAAGUAAUUAUAAUUAAUAAUAAUAUGCUGAAGAUGAAGCAAAACUGUCAUCAUCCACCACCACCCUGGAAUUUUUUUAACUGCAGUUUUAUGUGCGGUAUUUGAACUACGGUGGCUAUGGUGAAGUAUCUCUUAAUGUUGCAGUCAGCACAAAACGGCAGUGCAUAUGUGAACCCAUAGUAGUUACCUGUUCAAUAGGAUAGCAGUUGACACAUGCAACUUAACAAGGUGGUUUCAUUUGCCUUGUACUAUAUACUUCAGGGCAAGAUAGGCAAAGCAAUCCCCACCAUGUGCUGUCGGACUACAAUUCCCAUCUGCCCCAGCCAGUAUGACUCAUAGUUAGGGAUGAUAGUAGUUCAACAACAUCUGGAGAGCAACACAUUAGCCAAUCCUUUUGUUCUGCCCUGGCUGUGUUGGCGCUUAACCAUGUGGUUUCCACAAUAUAGCAUUGUACAAGAUGAAACUUACUUAUUUAGAGCAUUAAUCCUCCCCCGCUCAAAUCCCUAGAUGAAUAAUAAUAUGUAAAUGAAUCUAAUAUUUUGAAAUAGAAACUUAAUAUAGUUUAUAGUAAAAUAUAUUGCUAAGCUAUUCAGUUCAAGUUCACAUGGGGAACCUUCUUUAUAUAAAAAGGUCCUGCAUAAUUCACACAAGGUGCUUUAGCUCUAGACCUCUGGGGAAAGGAUAUGUUAAUUCAUUAGGAAACACUGUGAAAUGUAUUAUUUUAUGAAUUUACACCUCACCUUUCAUUGUAAAAUCGUUUCCUGGGCAGGUUACAAAAACCACACUAUAAAAACAAUAAAAUCAACAGAUAAUUUUAACAUAAUAAUAAAUAAAGAGAAUAAUAAAAGGAUUAAAACAAUUCCAUCCAGCUGGAAAGAUUUUUAAAAUUAAAUGGCUGGGGAAAUAAACCAAAGUGUCUUUUCCUUGUGCCACAAUAAGUAGAAUGUUCAAUAAUAACCAUCAUUUGUGGUGUUCAUCCUGCCUGAGAUAACGCAUCAGUAUGAUUUUUCUGUAGAUUAAUGUGUUAUUUAUUAUUAUUACUUUUAUAUCCCAGUCCUCCUCCAAGUAAUUCAGAGCAGUGUUUGUGGUUUCUGUCCCCACAUUUUAUCUUCACUACAACUUUUUAGCAAAGGCUAGGCUGAGGAAUGAUAACUAUCCCAGGGAUAGCUGGUGAGCUUAAUGGCAGAGCUGAGUGGGGAUUUUAGUCUUUGUCCUUUUUGUCCUAGUUUGACAGUUUAAUCUUUACUUCUUUGUUGUAUGUGUACAAGUAUAACACAUGACAAUAGUUGUUUAGUGGUGAAGUGUGUGAGCUGUGGGCCAGGAGGUCCCCAGUUCAAGUUACGUUUCAGCUGUGAAUGUGCUAGGUAGCUUUAGGCAAACAACUCUUCUCAACUCUCCAUCUGCAUUAGGAGGAGAAUAAUAGGAAGGCUGUUAUAAGGAUUGUUGCAAUAAUGUAUGUGUAGUAUUUUGAUUACUUGGACAUGUGCCAUUAUAACACUAGCUCAAACACUGCAACGAAACAUUAUAUUUUGUCAUACUUUUCGCCAAACCACCUCCUGUACAUGCUAGUGACACUAAUUUUAAAAAUAAGAGGUUCAAAUGAAAUGUGAGACUGGAUGAGGUCAGUUAUUCAUUAUAUUUUGGUUUCUAUAAGAAUCUUAAUUAUCUUUUCCUUUUCUUACAAAAUAAAGCUUCCAAAGAAAGAGGAUCAACAACUGGAACUUAAAGCAAGUCCUAAGAAAGUUCCAGAAUCCACUGUCGAUCUCUUGGGACUUGGUAAGUAGUUAAUUCUUUGUUUUGCAUUGCAGAAAAAUGGCAAGACCUAUGCUGCAAUAAUUAAAGGGGUUUCACCCCCACAUGCUGGAAAACAUUGUUGGUUAAUCUGUAAAUGGUGUUGUAGUCUGCUAAUAUACUUAGAGAGAAAAACUGAAGCAGAUCUGUGCUGUCUACUAAACUAUAAGUAAUGAGCUCCUUAGGGAGUGAGACGCUAUCAAAGUGAUCUUCAAAGGACUGUGAGCUCAAGCUUUUUUAAAAAAAAUCUGUUGUUUAAAAAUAGUCUUGUUUUAUUGAAGUACAAACCUUUCUAAUAUCCAAGUGAACCUUGUACAAGUUCUGUUGUAUGUCCCCAUCCUAAAUAUCCAUGCAACUAAUUUUGCCUGCCCUUUGUAAUUAGAUUUCUUAAAUGGCAGCUCCCUCCCAAUUACGGUGGUACCUCGGGUUACAGAUGUUUCAGGUUACAGACACUUCAGGUUACAGACUCUGCUAACCCAGAAAUAGUACCUCUGGUUAAGAACUUUGCUUCAGGAUGAGAACAGAAAUCGUGCGGUGGCGGUGCAGCAGCAGUGGGAGGCCCCAUUAGCUAAAGUGGUAUCUCAGGUUAAAAACAUUUUCAGGUUAAGAACAGACCUCUGGAACGAAUUAAGUUCUUAACCCGAGGUACCACUGUAUUUUUGAAAUUAUUGAAUUUAAGUAGCUAGUUGUGAAGUGAGAUGGCGUGUGCUUUUCAGAAAAUAAUAAAAACAGAAUCCCUUGGCAAAAUCAUGCUUCUAGGAACUUGUGCAAGGUGACAGUUUUCUUCUUAUGGAAUGUCCAGAGUUUCUCCUAUCUUACCAUAUUCAAAACAUUUUAUAAUUAAUUCCUUCAUGGUAAACUGCUCAAAGUCCCAGGCGUUGGCCAACAUUUUCAGAAGUCUAGCUGUAACCUAAAUCAUACCAUUCCCAAGCCAGCUCUUCAGUGUGGAGCCUAAUCAGAAACAAUUCUGCCUGAGUACUUACUUAAUCCAAACCUGUUUACAUAUUCUUCCUUCACUUUUAUUUUGUUUGAAUGGUACUCCAGUGCUGCUGUGUAUUCAGUCAUUUCUGUGCAGGUUUACUGUUGAAUUAUCCCCUUCUUUCACUACAUUUGGGCUUUACUUAAAUUUUUACCUUGGAAAAGCAACUGUUUACAUGUCAAAUGCUUGCUUUUGUUCAAACUAGUCUAGCAUUCAUGGGAUAUUAUUUUUUAGAGUAGAUCAGACCAAGUUUAACCAAUCUGAAUAACCUCUGUUAGCUUGCCAUAUCUUAAUUGUGUAACUAAUGCCUCUUCUAGUGUAGGAGCUUAGAGUCUUGAGUCCUGUGAUAGACUGAAGUAUGAAAUACCACAGGAGAAAGCAAGUGACAAUAAAUGUGGCUACGAUUGCAUAUUUUUAUUGAGCCAGCACAUUGAUGGAAAUGUACAAAACAAGUUUCAAACGUUUCUGGCUGGGCUGCACCAAGAGGAUAGGUUAGCCUGUUUCAUUUCAACAAGUCUGAUGCAUUUUAAGUACAGUACAGUCUUACCUUGAUUGUCGAAUGGAAUCCGUUCUGGAAGUCCGUUCAACUUCCGAAAACUUUAGAAAGCCAAGACGCAGCUUCUGAUUGGCUGCAGGAGCUUCCUGCACUUAAUGGAAAGCCACAGAACCCGCGUCAAACGUUCAGCUUCCAAAGAACAUUCGCAAACUGGAACACUCACUUCUGGGGGGUGUGGCAUUCAGGAGCCAAAACAAACGAGUACGACUGUAGUUUGACUCAAGAAUCCUGUUCCUCUAAAACACUUGCUGUAAAUAAACUUUCAGUUGAACUAAUAAUAUAACAUGAUUGAAUGGCUUCUGCAAACAUACAAAGAAAUCUUAAUAAGUUUAUAUAAUAUAAGCAGUUUUGGAGGAGAAGUUAGUAUCUCAGAAAUGUGGCUCUUCUGUCCAAAUCCAGUUGAUCGAACAGCUUAGGCCCCAUCUUUACUACACAAUGAAAGCACUAUCAUACCACUUUAAACAGUCAAGCUUCCAUCCAAGGAAUCCUAAGAACUGGUGUUUGUUAAGGGGGCUGAUUCCCCUCCCAGAGCUUCAGUUUGCAGUUGCGGAUUUAUCAUGGCAGUUAAGGAAUUUAAACAGCUCCUAAUCCCUUAGCAGUUCAGGGAAGCAGUCCUCGCUUGUUGGUUAGGCUUUUCUGCCGUAUUCUGAAGAGCAGCAACUUAUUCCCCUUGUGCCUGUGCACAGCAAGGGCAUCACUUACCUGUUACUGGGACUCUUUGCCAUCCUUGCCUGUCUGCAUUUCCUCUUCUGCUAUAGAUCAUUACGAGAAAUGCAUUCAUGCAUUACAAAUAUAAAGGUACUCUAGAAGCUGCUGCAUUGUUAGAAUUUUGGCCUUGUUGCAUCAGUAUAUAAAUAUCACCCCAGUGGCCGAAGAACCCAGGGGAGUUCUGCUUUAUUGCACGGGUGUGAAUAGAUGGACCAUAAACCCCAGGUACAGGUAAAUCACAUUCUCUUGAGUACUAACGGUCUUACAUUCUAAGAGGAUAGUUAUAAAUAUAGAAUGUUUAUCAAUGUGUUUCAUAGUUAGGUGCUUUGCCAGAAUGAUUGUGGUGGUCUCUCUGUGCAGAACUACAUACCUUGCCAACUGCUAAGUUAUGCACCUCAGUGAACGGUGCAUUUUGGUUCUUUUCCAUCUCAGCAUCCUUUUUAAAAUAUAACUACAGACAAAUAAUUGUUAUUUCAUUAUGAGUAUAUAAAAGUAAGUGAAAUGAUAGAUCUGUAGUGGUGACCCUCGGGGUCCCUUUCAACUCUACAAUUCUAUGAUUCGAAGAAUAGCAGACCUGGGUUUUCCAAUUUGCAGAUAACUCCCUUUCUUUUACUUUCUAAAAAUGGCACACCUUAUAUUGUGAGAUGUUUUGCAACGCUGCAGAAUGUUUAAGUAUUAGCUUUUCCAUCAUGUUGAAAGGUUGAAUUUGCAAAAGAAGCAAAACUCGUUUGCCAUUUGAUGCAUCAUUUACCAGUUAGAUGUACUACACAAAAAACAAGAGAUGAGUAUGGAUGGUUGCACAUGUUGAAGUAACCAUCACAGUGUAUUAGCAUUAAAAUGGAUAGUCUCAACCUUUCUGUGGGGGCAUAAGUAAAUUACUAUGCUCUUUCACUUCAAAUUUAUCAUAAGAAUGAUGGAAGAUAAGGAAGAUGCUUAUUGAAAACAAGUGAAAUAUGUAACCUUAUUAACCUUCAAUUACAAGAAGAGCAGAAAGCAGUUCAAUAGAUAUUAGAAUAUGACUGCUAAUCAAAUAAGCUAGCCAGCCAUUUCAGAGGAUGCCUAUCAUGCUUAGUGUCAUUUACCCACCUCAGAAACAAUACCUUGCCUGGAAGCUUUCUGGAUAAGCAAUAUAUCCCUUGAGAUUUUUUGGUUCAGCUUAUUCUCCUCUGCAAUUCUGGGAAUGCAGCAUUAAUAAUAAAGAAGUUCUCUGGGCAGUUUACAUAGACAGUAAAAUACAGAAGACAAUUUACAAUAAAACCCUUUAAAACUGAAUAAUAAAUCGCAAAGCCCAGGUUUUUUUUUUAUAAAAAAAAACAACAGACAGCUAAAAUCAGCAUAAAACACAGCAGCUAGAGCUGUAUGUAGCAAGGGAGAGUUUGGUGCAAAAACCGAAGCAGCUGCUAGGUUAUCUCCAAUACCCUGUACUCAUAAGGUAUAAGUAGGUUCAGGUAUCUGUAGAUGUGUCGUCCCUGACUUUGUCUCUUGAAACCUUUUUAGGUUUUUCCCCCUCAAACAUCUGCCAUUACUCAUAUUGUAGUGAACUGCAAGGUAAAGCCUAGAUUACUUUCUCCCUGUAGUAAAAUAAAGUGAGGAACAAGUAGUAGAUUGUGUACGUCUGUGUGUGUGCCCAAGACACACUUGCCGGAUUGAGAUUUUGACUUCGUAUGUAACUUCUGAACGGGCUUCUUGUCAGGUGUACAUUUUAUAAAUUUAUAGAUUUGCAGCUGUUCAGCAAAAACAUGUUUCCCGAAUGGCUUACAGAAAUUAAAAUGGAAAGGGGAAAAAAACCCUUCUACCCCUGUUUACUCAUACUCAUAGUUGCCCGAACUUGUUUUGAAAACCAGGUUUUGGUUUAGCUUUAAUUUUGCCAUCUUUAAGUUAUUUUCCUAGCUAGAACUAGAAAAGGUUAGGAGUAAGAUGAAUAGGUAUGCUUCUGUAUUGUAAUGACUAUAUAAAAAUUCAUUGCAUGAUCUUACUAUCUUAUCUCUUUAUCCUUAGCUUUGGCAACUCCAAAAUAUAUAGCAUUCUGAGAAAUAAGUGUGUUUUCAUUAAGGAUCACCAGUUAGAAAUGGAUGGUCAAAAUGAUGAUGAUGAUGAUUCUGCUCCAGAACAUAAGAAAUGGGAAACCAAAAAUAUAUUCAGAGAUUAUUCUGGAGCUGGCUAGAUGCUUGAUUUCUACCUUGAGUAUCCCUUCGCUAACUAUGAUUAGCAGCACCUGUGGUCACUUCUUAUGCCACUAUUCACAGAAUGUGACAAAAGGAAGCUGUCAGAUCUUGUGCCAACCCAAAAGCUUUAUUAUCCUCAGAGGAAGCAUUGGGAAGGUAGCUUGUUAGUACUUGAUAAAGAAUUGAUGUUAUUGUGGAGGCUAUGCUUGAAAUAUAAAAAAAUACCAGUGUUUAGGAAAUUGUUGUGGUUUGUACAGCUGUGAUACAUUUACCUCCUCCCCUCAAAUGCCAUGUUAUCAGUAGGUGUUAAUCUUUAUGGGUUAAUAAGUAUAUAAAUUGUGGCACAUUUACAGUUGCUAUGGGAACCAGAACUGAUUGCCUGACUUCAGUGUAGAAUCCCUAGUGUACAGUUGCAAUAGUGCUUUUGCAUUUACUUUCAUAACAAGAGAAGAAUGAAGUGAGCAAAAAUACCCCAGUGACUGCUGAAAUGUGUUGUUCAUUUGCCACUGAAGGGCUUGUUCAUUGAGAACGAAAAUAUAUUAUAAAGGCUCUGCUCUAUAUAUGUUGAAAUACUUGACUCAAAUCAUGUGGAGAUACAAAAUAGGAUGUGUAUAGUAUCCUUCUAGGCCACCUAUCUAGAAACUGUAGACUUUGUCCUCUAUUCUCCAUUGUAGACUAGGCAUCUGUUAAGCAGUAUGUACUUGUGGUUCUUUGGGCACCCUGGAUACUAUUUUUGGACUUCAGAAUAAUGGUGUUAAUAAAGAGCUGUAAUAUGUCAUAUUGCAGCUACACAAAUGUAAAAAUUAAGUGCACACACAAUGGAAGAUACUUUUAUCGAUUCAGGUGGAGGGCAGGGAAGCCUUUAUGGUAGGUCAUAAACCUGAGUUAAUCAAGAAAAAUAGUUUCAGAAUGUAUCAGACAGUGCUGGUCUGAUUUGAAGGAAGAUGUUGAUAAUGUGAAGAAGUUUAAACUUUGUAGUUCUUUUCCCUUUUCAAUAAGUAUAGCCUUUCCUUUGAAGAUACUGGGAAUAAUGUUGCAAGGAAGAAAGAGAUCUUUCUUCCAUUGUCGUUAAUGAGAGGGAGGCGUGCAAGGAGGUUCUUUGGCUGUAAGAAUAGCUAAGCAGUUGAACAAUGGCUGAGAGAGUCUGCAGGGUCUUUUAUCUGUUGCAGCAAUGUAUUUGUUGGCUUGAUUUAUAAGCUAUGAAUCCUGACUCAAGAACUUACAACCUAUGUAUUUAGUAGUGAUCUUUUCCAGACUUAAAAUUUAUAUAGCCAAUUAUUGCAGUGCUUACGUCCAAAGGGUUUGGUUACUUAUGAGAAGGAUUUCUAUUUUAAAAGUUACAGUGCUGGUAACCAACAGUGCUUUAGGCAGCUUGUAGAAAUGUGUAAUUCUGUUAAACCAGCUUAGAUGCCAUUAGGUUGGCCUCAGGCUGUGUUUUAAUGCGUUCAAAUUUUGCUAAUUACGUUGGCAUGUUGUAGCUUUUAAAUUACGACGAGCUGGCAGAAUACUAGAGGAGCCUGGAUUCAGUGCUAUGAAUGCUUGGGUAUUUCUACCAACACAGGAUACCUUUAAGCAACGGCUUGCUUUGUACAUACUUUGCAAUUAUCAAAAAAUUGGUUUAACGUUUUUCCUUUUAAAACACUGUCAUUUAAGAUGGCCCUGCCGAUUCCUCCGUUACAAAUGGAAGCAUCACAACUCCUGCUGCUGUAUUGAAUGAUGACCUGGAUAUAUUUGGCCCAAUGAUCUCUAACCCAUUGCCAGCCACUUCUAUACCUCCUGCUCAGGUAAGCAGCAAAAUUUAGCAUGCCUAGCCCUUUUUAAAAUUUAUUGUUGAUUGAGAUGUUUACAUUAGAAAUGACAAGCCUGCCUAAAAAUAUAAAGAUGACUUGUAUCAGCUGUCCUGUUAAAAUCACUUUCAUCUUCUUACUAGAGAGAUUGGCAGGCAGUGAAGCUUGCGUUGGUUAUAGACACACAAUUUAUAAGCCCACGCCAGGUGUUAGCAUAAGAAAGAAGUUCUUCACAUUUGAAACAGCAGUGGGAAAAGAAACUGGCCAUAGGAAAGCCAGUGUUAUGUAGCCCCUCAAUUUAAGAAGAGAGCUCAAUUUUACUCAUGCAUUCCAUAUUUUAUUGCACUUCAGCAGCUGGCCUCAUCAAUAGCAUGCUAUUAAUAUGAGUACCAAUACCUUGCGUAAUUUCUUUCCAAACAUUAUAGUAUGAGGCAUCUUGUAGCUCACUAAGUGCUAUAAUAUCUCUGUGGAGAGGGAAGCUAAUAUUUAGUCUUAGGGUGGUUUUUUUAAAAAAAGGUUUAGAUACAUUUUCUAGAUGUUCGGUCUGUCUGGGCUGUUCAACCAUUACAGCUAUCAUUCAUCUUUUAUGUUUAGAGAUAUUAUGCUUCAGACUUCCAUAGCUCUGGGAUGAGCAUCAUCGAUAUAAAUAACCAACCUUUCAUGUUUAUGAACAUCCCUGGGGGAUUUAACAAGGCUUUGCCUGGAGCACAAUGCUGAGUGGAGUCCAGUGACCUGAUUAGUAAUAUGCAUAAUAGUAUAAAGGCACAAUAUAUCAUCUAUUAAGACUUGGUGUUAACUCUCUCAGUAGCUUCCAGACUAGUGAUAACUAGAUGGUUUCAACAGAGGCUCACUAUUAUGAGGCUCAUUAAGGUUUAGUGGCACAUUUUGGCAAUGAAAAUUCUUUCCCUUUAAAGUGUGCAGAGGCCUAGUUAGUCCAGCUGAUCUCUUAAUGAUUUAUUGAUCUAUGACUCUGGCAUGGUUCUAAUGUGCAUUUUUAAUUGUUUGUGAUUAGUGAACUGAAAAGUGGGAGUGGUCAGGUGUGCUGCCCAUGUCUCCUUUUUUUUAUUUGAUUAAGGGUGUUUAUUUUCCUUUUGUGAUAUUAUCACAUCUUUAGCCCACAUUUCCUCCCAAGCAUCUCAUACAUCGUUCUCACACUUCCUAUUUUAUUCUCACAAGAGCCUUGUGAAGUAGAGAUAAGUAGUUUGAGAGACAGUGGCUAGCCCAGGGUCACCCAGUGAGCUUCAAAGAUGAGUGGGGAUUUGAACCCAGGCCCUAGUCUAGGGGUGCCCAAACUUUUUUCAAAGAGGGCCAGAUUUGAUGAAGUGAACAUGCGUGAGAGCCAACCAAAGUUGUUGAGCUUUUUUUUUUUUAGGAUUUCACCCCAGGACAUAUACUGCCAAGGGCGCCAGAUUAAAUCGACUGGCGGGCCAGAUUAGGUCCCUAAAACAGACUUUGGACAUCCCUGCCCUAGUCCAACACACUAACCAUGCAUUACUGUUGUUCUGUCUUCUUGAUGUUGUCUCAUUAAAAACUGAAAGCUCUUCAGGGUAACAGCUUAAUUCCUUUUUCCGUGAUAUUCAUGGUCUUCCUGUUCACUGCUUGCUCUUUCUUAUGCUAACUCAUUUUGUGCAUGUAAUGCUUUCUGUUACUGUGCUCUGAGGCUUAAGCUCCUUACCUUAUCUUUACAAAGAACAGAACAAAACACUUUGAGUGGAAUACAGCAAAGUACUAAGAUUUUUCCAUCAGGCAAGGAGAAAUGCUCUUGCUGAUGGAACUACCUCCCCUCUCCUUGCCCUAGACACUGAGGUUUCUCCUGACCCUCCAAAGUUGAAUUUAGGGAGGCAGGGCAAAGGGGGGGGGGAGCCCCAUUGCAUUAACAGGAGUCCUUCCACUAGCAGAACAAGUUAGUUAAAUCCAGCCCCAUGACAUUUUUUUAAAGUAAUUUUUUCCAUCAACUACUUCCCAUUUUUAGAAAGGUGAAGUGCUAUCUAAGUGAUAUACGACCUUGGCUUGUUCUCUUCUCCUUUUCUGUUCUUCCUGUGCCCCGUUCUCUUGCAGAUGGGUAAAUUGUAGCCCUUCAAGCAUGGACUUCUCUUUCUCCUUUUGCUGUGUAGUGCUCUGGUUAUUUUAGAUACUCUUACAUUUGACAAGUGAAAAAUUUGAACUUGUUCCAGUACUAGAGCAGACUCUUGUGGCACAUGAAAGGUUAACAUCUUUUAUUAUGGCAUAAACUUUUGUGGACUGUAGACUGCUUCCUCAAAUAUUAAUAUAUAUCAGAUGACUUGAAGGUGUGAAACCACUUCAGACAAGAGCACUUUUGUAUAUUUUGAAUCACUGCACAAUCAUAAUUUUCCAGUUGUGAGUGGUGAGACUUUAGAAAUUUGUCUGGAGAGAGCUUUCCAGCAGUAGGAGUUUUUCAGUUACAUUAUACUAGUCCUGAGUCCACCCAUAGCAAUAGUCUUUUCCCCUUCCAAUGAAACUGGAUAUGAAUAGCUCUUUUCUGUAUGAGGGCCCAAAUUGGGUAGAGGGUGAGCAUUCAUCCCACCACCUGUUACCCAUGCAUGCCACCCAUGGCUGUUGUUCCAGGCUUUCUAUGUGCUGAGCCCUAGGGGGAAAGCAUUUUGGAACUCCAUCCCCUCUGUGAUAUGGUGGGCACCUACUUUUUUAAAGAAAGUGGUAGUUGCCAGCUGAUGACCUUGUUAUUCGUCCAAACUUUUAUUGGAAUCUGAUCCCAGUAUUGAAUUUUCAGUUGGCUGGUUCUGACCUGCAUACCUUGAUUUUAGCAAGUGUAUUGUGAAUUUGGAACUUACUUAAGCUACAGCUCUGAAAUCACUGUAUAAUGAAAAGUCAGUAAGAAAUGUUCAAAAAUAAAUAGAUAAAUGAGCAAAGUAGCAUACACGAUUUCCCCACAGGCUUGGGAUAGCAGCUGGGCCAACAUCACUAGGAGAUUUGAACCUGGGUCUCCUGGGUCCUAGGUUGACACAUUAACCACGCUACCUCCUGUUUCUGGUUGAUUAGUUACUUGCAUUUCUUUUCAGAGGUGCCAUUCUUACAGACAUACUAAGAUUUAUGGAAGAGAUGCUUUUCUUCAUGCUUCACUGAGGUCAUAAAAAAUGUGAGAAUUUCUAGUUUCUAAAGGUGCAGUUCUUCCUUACAAAGACUAUUGAACCAUUCAAGCUGUGACCUUUAUGCACUGUGCGGAACACGGGGCAAUACAAAAUUUAUCCUUUUGUGGUUCUGCUUUUAAAACACAGUUGAAGCCUUUAAGAAUCUAAGCUUCACAAACCACCUGAGAUCUUUUUCAAAAAUCUUGUUCUUAAGCAGUGACCCUAAAAUUAAAACUGGCAGCUUCCAAAACUUAACUUAUGCAGUUCUCGUAACCUUGCCUUGAAUUAGUUGAAAGUAAUAGAUCUAUGACAGUAGUUCUGCUCAGUAUUUCUUAUCAUAUGAAAUUACUUCAUCUGAUCACUACUUUCUUUAGAUUACUUGAGAAAAAUUAUAAGCAAACCAAAAUGAAGUUUAUCUGAUGGUGUUUUCUCCUGGAAAAGUGUUUGCAUGUAAUGCAGCCAAGCGAAUACCUUACUUGCAGUUUGUACAAUGUUACAUGGAAGCAACUAAGAAGUAAAGGAGAAUAAACCCACCAAGAAUCUGGGACUAGAAUAGAGAUGAUGAACAGUUGUAAUGGGUGUAUGUAUGCAUCACAAGUAGAACAAAUUCUGCAAGAGACAAUCUUUGUGCUAUUUUUUUGUAAGCUUUUUAUUUAAAAACAGAUGGACAGAUAAUGAAAUCUUCAAUACUGUGUUUAUGUUGGCAUAUUUGCUAUGUAUACAGUGGUGUUGCACCGCAUAAACUAUGAAACAGAAGCAUGUAUGUGCAUCUUCAAACAACUGUGUGUACACAUCUGAUGAUCCUGGGCCAGUCAAGGUUCCCAGAUGUGCAUAUAUACAUGUGGAAGACAUAAAUUUUACAUGCUAUGCGUAGGUAAUAAAUUUGCUGUUUAAAAACGUGUAGCUGUUGUACUUUUGUUCAUAUUGCGUAAACUUCUGGAUUAUUUGUCAUAAUAUAUGUCAUUGUAACUUGCACAAAGGAAACAUUGGUAAAUAAUUAGUAUUGUGUUAUACAUAUGCAAGCAUUUGUUUGUUAGUGGGGUUUUUUGCAACGUUCGGACAUUUUCCUUUACAAUACUUACAAAUUUUGGAGAUGCCUGUAAUUGGAAAGUUUGGUUACUAAUACAAUUAACUAAAUCUUUGCAUUCUGUUUGAAAACACAUGGCCCUUUAGCUAAUGUAUUUGGUGAUAAUGGUUUUCAGUAAUCUCAUUUGACUUUCUUCCCAGACUGCUUCCACUAACACUGCAGCUGCCACCUUAUCUGCUGCAUCUGGAGAUCUUGAUCUGUUCACUGAACAAACAAAAUCAGAAGAGUCAGCAAAGAAACUGCUCUCCAAAGACUCCAUCCUGUCAUUGUAUGGCACAGGUACUAUUCCACAGCAAAAUGCUCCAGGUAAUUGGUUUUCAAAUUUAUUUCUAAAUGUCUUAAUUAAAAGUUGGGCCUAGAACACAUGGUUGGGGCUCUUGCGCUCUCUCCCUGCAGCAAAAAGUGUGUAUUAGUGAUAAGUGGGAUUUAUUUCCCCCUUUUUAUCAUUAAAAAACUAACAUCAAGCAGGAGGCCUAAAGAAGGAAAUUAUUCAAAACUGAGCAUUGUAAUUUGAAGGCUACAGCUAUUCACAGAAAAGGUUAGGAGUCCAUUUUGAGAAGAGGAGGCUUCUAUUCAGAGGAGGGAUCUUCUUGGCGCUGUUCUUCUCGCUGCUUCCUUUGUACUUCUUUGCCCCUGAGUAGCUACUCCUCAUGAUCUUCAGUAUGCUCACAAUCAUUAAUGGUUUUAUCAGGGUUACUAUUAUUGUUAUUACUGUUAUAGAAACAUAUCUGCCAGAGCUGGUCUCUGCUAUUGAAAAGGCUCUGGGGCUGCAUUCCAGGAAGCUUUGACUGCAAUUUAAGGUCUCCUUCCCUGAAAUGCUGUUGGAAACGGGGAGGGGGGGGGAGGGAUGAGUAUAAGAAGUAAAUAGCUUGAGUGGGAAAGUAAAAGACUGUGGAGGGGUGUGUAAAGUUGGAUUUGAGGGCAAAAAUAAGAAGGAAAGGUGGAAGAGAAAAUGACCCUCUAAACCCAGAGGUGGGGAACCUGAUCUGGCCAGAGAGCCAAAUUCUUAUCCCCCCUUACCCUUGUGGACAGAGCCACCCUCUUGUCCAAGUGAUCAGCAGGCUUGGUCACCACCUAUUUGUUGAUGGGCAGUGACUUCACGCCUGCUUUCUGCACAAGUCAGCCUGCAGACUGGAGUUUCCCCACUCCUGCUGUAAUCCUAAACCAGAAACCAUAACAAAUCCCAUAAUCCACUUUAGGCUCUUUCCCACGUCUCAGGAGAGUGGCAGUCAUCAGAUUCUGUCAUUGCCCAGUUCUUGGUUUCUCCUUAGGAGCUGCUGUUCAUGCGGUAAAGCCACGCAGGUGGAGCGGGAGCAAAAGGAGUAGCUUGCCAGUGCCUUGCCUCUGCAGGUAGCCCAGAGUGUUGUGGGGUGAGGGAGCUAUCCUAGCUUGUAAGGGAACAGAGAAGGAGCAAACGGUGGCAGCAGCUUCAGGGAAAGCCUGCUUCCUAUCUCCUUCAGCGAUACAGCCACAAGAUCACCAGGCCUAACUUUAGGUACUACUGACAACUAGGUGCUUGGAUUUUUGCACCCAUGCUUCUUGUUAUAAACCCCAGCCACCUUAAAUGUCUGACUGUGGGUUUGUCAUUAAAUAGAUUCCUUGCCAACAUUCAUUGAGCCACAUGUAGAUCUUAACACUAUUUGUACACUGUCUUGAAGGGAUAAUUGAGCCCUCAAAGGUAGUCUACAAAUCAGGAAAUGAAAUUAAGAAUGAUUUAAGUAAAGCAGCUACUUCCCACUCCUCUAGAUAUCAGUUUUGUUUUUUGCCUGAUGUAACAGAAGUUUGGUUGGCAAAUUUAGCAAAAGCAGGUUUUGUUUUUAGAACUUAAAACUUUGCUGACAUAAUGGAAUUUACUCCUUUCCUCUUCCAUUUUGCCUAAUACAGGUGUAUUCAUGGGACCACAACCUAUUCCCUUUACUGCACAACCACCAGCUCAUUUUCAAGGUUUUCCAGCCAUGGGAGUGCCUGUACCUGUAUCUGUACCUGCAGCCCCUGCAAUGAUGGGAACCAUGAUGGGGCAAUCGGUGCCUGUCAUAGGACAGAACACAGGCAUGAUGGUGGGCAUGGGAAUACCUAAUGGUUUUUCUGUCACUACACAAACUGCUGGUUUGGGACUUCCUCAAAACGUUGGACCCCAAGGACCAAUGGUGGGGCACAUAGCCCCACCACAGAAAUAUGGUAUACAGCAAAAUCAGCAAGCCCAGUGGAACCUUUCUCAGGUGAGAAUGAAUAUACAUUUUCUCCUUGUGGGGCGGGGGAGGGUGCUACAGAGAGGAGCAACUUCUUAGGAUUAAAACCUGAUUAUGCAUAUAAUGUCAAUAGAAUUUAAAAUAAUAAUAAUAGUAAAACCAGUUAUGCAGGAGGUGCCGUGAUGCUGAUUGCUAGGAAGCUAUUGCUGCAGUUAGGAGGAAUUAAUACACCAGCAGGACUGUAAAUCCUGCCAUAUUGUAUUUGUUUUCAAGAUUGCCUUUUGGCAUGAUCAUCCACUUUAAACAAUUUGUUAGAAGGGUGCUAGUACAAGAAUGGCUUGGUAAUUUUGGUGCAUUACUCCUUAAUUCAGUAUACUAGACACUAGACAACUUUGCGUAUCGUGUUCAGCAAAACUAUGGGUGUGUUGUGGCUGAGCAGGAUGGUGCCAAUGUGCAGGCUCCCAGGGAGCAGCUCUUGGCUGCUUUGCUCUUGGCUCCACCCUGCUGUUUUUUAUUCCCGUUGGAUAACUGAACUAUCCAAGCUGUAGCUUAGCACAGGCGUGGGGAAAUUCUGUGGCCCAACAGGCUAAUCUUUAUACCCCAUCAGGCCAACUUUGGCAGGUGGGAAGUCUCCCUGCCUGUCAACAUUCAAAAGGUACUGUGUUUCCCAACCAGGUGGUGGUUGGGAAAUUUGGAAGUACCGGACAAAGGGCUUUUGCAAGCCCUAUGCUUACAAUUUGAGAAGCGCAACACUUUCCCAAUGCCCUGAAAGCUGCAGGCAUAGCAGGUCGUCCAGCCCCUGGCUUAGUGCAUCAUUUGAACCUGCUCUAGCCAAGGUUUCACUGGCGUGUAUGAAUGAGCCCAUGGUGUCACUGUACUUUGUAUGUGUGCAUGAAUGGUACAAUAUAUUAGCUAACGUUUUAAAAGUACUGUUCUUUCUAAAUAUCCUGUCAAUGACGCAGUAUAACCAUCUAACCUUUAUUCAGGUGUUGGAAAUCCUGGGGAAAUAAACAUGCAGUGAGGAAGGGUGACUAGCUGUCCCCACCUCAGUCUCUUGUCAACUUCCAACUUGAAGAAAGCAACUGUGGGGUCAGAGCUUCCAUAGAUGCAAAAGGCUUCCCGCUGAAGACAGUAGCCUUCACAAGGUGGAAGAGGGCUGGACAGGGUGGAGCCGUUUCCGGAUGCUUCUAAUCUCUAAAAUUGGAAUGUAGAUUUGUUGUGAGAAUGGUGUGAGAGCAGCUUCUACUCUGGGUAGGGUUGUUUUUCAUGCCCAUUGCUGCUGUCAGCAUGGAAAGUUGCCAUGUUUAAACUAUCCAACCACAGUGCUGCUUUUUGUUUUACUGGACUAACAAUGCAUCAGGUCAAAUAGAAGCAGCUUUCACACCAUUCUGGUAACCACUGCAAUUGAUCUUUAUUCUCCUUGAUAAGACUUCUUUGUAGAAAAUGCACCCUUUAAAAUUCUCUACAGCGCUAUAACUACUGAUUUGCAAAUAUGCUUCAUGUAUAUUAUCUAAAAGUCGGAAACGGUAUACUAUUUAUUUAUUUGCCAUAUCUCUACAUUACCGUUCAUCCACCAGGCUACCUGGGUGGUUUACAGUAUUCAUGUUAAAACAGCAAUAAGACCAGUCAUAGGACAGUGAUAAAAUAAAACUAAACUUACUGUUGAAAAGGACAUAUUGAAAGAUACCUGUUUAUGUAACAGAGGUGCAGGUAUACAAAUGACCCUCCCUGAGACAAGGUGGUGUCUGCGUUUUCAAAUAAAGCUUGAGUCUGAACUUUCAGCAUGAAAUUUGAGCAAACAAACAGUAUCUGAAUCCCUGUAUACUAACUUAGAACCAUGUUUGCAUUUCACAGAUGAAUCAGCAAAUGGCUGGAAUGAAUCUGUCUAGUUCCAGCAAUGUGAUGGGCUUUGCUGGCCAGCCCCCAAAUACAGUGGCAGGAUGGACUGGAACUUCCUCAGGCCAGACUCUCAGCACACAACUCUGGAAAUGAACACUGCAAUAGAAGUUUCAUCUAGAUCAGAGACUUGACAUUCCAUGCUCAAAUACAUCUAGUUUUCUUGGUCUGCCCACAUACAUUGCCCACCCUCACCCCCUUCAAUCGCACAGUUCUUCAUAUUAAGACAUAAUCUUAACCAACCGUGUUGUGGUCUGUAUUGACUUAAAUUUUGAUGUAGUGAAAAGCAGGUUGGGAACACCUCUCAUUAGCAGCUUUUUCAUUCCACAGUACAUUUGAUUUCAUGAAUGAUACAUUUUCAAAAGAGCUUCGUGACCAACUACAUACUCAAAUUAUUUUAUCAGUUCUAGAACCAAUGUUUGCAUAUAAGGGAAAUAGAUAUCAUGUAAGUACUAUCUCUAAUAUGUAAACCCCACCCCACAAAUUGCCCAGUAAUCCUGUAGAAGGUACUGUAUGAACAAAUGUUAAAUCAUAUAAAUAAGUGUACAUGUAUCACUGAAACUUUUUUCCUUGUGUAAAAUUGAUUUUGUCCCAUUAUUCAUGCCACUGUGAUAUUUUGCUGCGACGUGCUGAACAGAUAAGAUGGUUAGUGAAAGAGAGAUAAACCUGGAUGUCACUGUCGCCUCAUCAGUUUUCUUAAGAGUUGCCUGUGACAAAAUGAGUAAAUUUGGCUUAAAACGUAUGUACAGAGGGCUAAUCUAAAGUAUAUUGCACAGCAUAUAUACAGGGUAACUCACUCCUCAAUUGUACAUUUACUUUUAUUUUCUACAGCUGUAUCCAGGUUUAUGCCAGUAACUGUGUUUACAUUUUAUGGUGCCUCGUAUCAAUAAGCUGUUGCUUCCCUCGAUUAAAGAAAUCCAUAAACAACAUGUGAUUUUUUUUCAUUCUAUAAAGACCUCUUUUAUCUACUGUUCUUCAAAAGCAAAGCUGUUUAAUUCAGGAACAAUAAACUUUGAACAUAAUAAUCUGGAAGCUAUUUAUAAAUGAAUUGGAAAUUUUGCAUUUGUUUAGAUCAGUCACUCUUUUAUCUUCCGCUGCAUUUCAUUGAACGUCUUGUGUAAGAACAAUCUAAGAUCUGGAUAAAGUACUAAAACAGAUUUUAAAAAAUCCAAACACAUGCAAAACAAGUGAAGACAAAUCACAGCCAUCUGAUGAGUCUUAACUGAUACCGGUAAAGUAAGUUGUUGCACAAAAGCAAACUGCUGUUUGAAUGUUUAGCUGUUUCAAGGAUGCAACCAUUAAUUUUGUUAUGUCCCAUUUUAUGCUUACGUAUCAUACUUCAAUUUUGACACUGUCCAGGUGAUACUUUGGCUCAUUAGAUAGAUUUACCUUUUCAGUUCUCGUGUGCCAUACAAGAACCUGAAAAAAAGUUCAGGAUCAACAAUUAGUUCUGGAUAAUCCCCUAUAUGACAGGUUCCUGUAUUAAAACAGCAAAACUAAUACCUUUGUGCAGUUGUUGGCUUUUGGUUCCAGCUCUUCCACUGUGGUGAUCUGUCUGAGAAAAUCAGAUUCCUGCAUUCCUGGUUGGGAUCCAUGGCGUCUGAAUAUCGCUUUAGGGUUGGAUAAGAUCACCUGAAGGCUCACAGCAAACCCUUCAUAAAUCAAGAUAUUGUUAAAUCAUUAAAACCAAAGUUAUAAACAUUUCAUACCUCUUUCAUUUACCUUUAAAAAAUAUUUUUUCCCUUUUUCUUCUUGCUAACCUGUAUUUUGUAAACAACCUAAGGGUGUUACACCGCAUCAUGUGGCAGGAUAUAAUUUCACUCCUGUGGUUGCAUCACAAUUUAUGCAGCAUAUAUCUCAGGCUAUAAGCUGCUUUUUCUCAUUUGGAAAAGUAGCUCUGCUUCUCUGUAUCUGUUUAUACUUUUUCUCUGAAUGUGAACAGUGACCUUUAAUGCAAGUUAUUGGAAUUUACAAGUGAUGAAAAGCCUGCCUGGUGUGAAAAAUGAGAUUUAAAAGCAACAGACAGCACAUUUGUAACUAGUUGAAAAUUAAAUUCUGAAGUGAAUGUAGUUGUUAACGAGAAGGCAAAAUAAAAUUGGCUUAGUGAAUUUCA